GGCGAGCUGGCGGCAGCGGCUGGGGUGCCGGAGUCGGUCGCUGCAGCUCCUCUCGGACGCACCAAAGGCGCACCAUGGGCUCCGCUCGCUCCCCGACGGCGCUCCCUCUGCGCGGCCUCGUGCUGCGGCUCUUUCUGCUCGCCUGCUCAGGUAAGGGGGCCGGGGAAGACCCCCGAUCGCGGCACUGGCGGCUGCGAAGGCUGCUUCUGCCAGCCGGGAAUGGAAAGGGAAAGCGGGAGCCCGGGCGCGCGCGCCCCGGGGUGAGAAGAAAGAAAGAGACCGAGCGCAGCCGCGCCGGGAAUGGCAGCGCAGCUCGCCCGGGAUCUCCCUGCGCUUUCGGACACCCCCCUUCCCCAAAACACCUCUUUGCCCACCGAGGAAGCUUCCCCGGUCUUAAUUCCUCUCCCUCCGCGGGUUUAAGCGUCGGAUCCACCUGCUCUUCUCCGCAAGUCCCUCCCUUCCCAAGUUUCUGGCAACUUUUACGCGUCCGCGGGAGGAAGGAUUUGGUGGCGAAGAGGGGUGGGGGGUCGCCUUGCACCUGCGAUCUGCCCCCCCUAUUUUUGGAAGCAGCCAGCCUGCCACCUCGCCCCGCAGAAAGGUCUCUUUUCUUUCUCCGUGCUUUGCGUUUUGUGGGGGAUGAUCCUUCUUUUCUACCCGAUCCCUUUUAGCCAACCACCUUUCGGGACCAGGAAAGGCGCCAUGCGUUCUCUUCUCCAAUCCCAGGGAAGAGAGAGCCCCAAAUGAAUGGGGCGGGGUGGUGGGGUUGGCGGUGGCCAGGUUCAGUUCUAGGGGAGGUGGAGAGGACGGGGGGGGGGGAAACCUAGUAGAUCAGGGUGGGGUGCAGGGACUGGGAAUAGUUCUCUGUGUUACUGGAUAGGUAGCUCUUCUUUGCAAGGAAUUCAGCUUAGUAGUUGGAAAAGUCUGGGGUUGGGGUGUAAGCGUCUCCUAAUGGGGACCAGUCAAAGACCCCAUCUUUGCCUUCUCCAUCCUCCCCUCUGACACCGCCCGCAUUCUGCACCACCUCUCCAGUUAAUAUGCCACAGAGCCCCUUGGCAAGAUCUAGGAUCCCCCUUGGGGUCACCGCAACUUAAAGCGUGUGACCCCCCUUCUUUCUCCCCCACCACCACCCAACUCUCUGCGCUUCCACCUUCCCAGGACUGCUGCUGUUCCCUGCUCCCCACCCCCACCCCACUCAUAUCCUCCCCAUCCUCUCUUGGCACCGAUCCUCGUUUCCUGGCACUCUUUCUUGCUCAGCGGUGACUUGACCGUUCUUAAGUGACUCAUGGGCAGGGUGAGGUGAUUUGGAACGUAAUUAAGGGAGGAAAAAUAAUGUGCGAGUUCCUUACCCCCCCCUCAAAUACAUAAGAGGAACUGUGGAGAAGGGUGCCAUCCUGGACUCAGUCGCACCUCUUUUCGUCCCCACACACACGCAUCAGAUGGUGCUAUUUUAUUCUAGGCUAAUUUAACCUGGAAUAAAUCCUGAAGCCCGGUUCUGUGCACAUUCUUGCUCGCUUGUUGUAGGAAGCUUGCAUUUAAAAAUCCCAACCUUAAAACCUCAGCCAUCUGGAUUAUGAAAGGUGUUUAGUCCUUAUCAUCUCAAAAAAAGCUGUUUUGAGUGCUAAGCCUGAGUGCUCUCUGGAGCAUGAGGAUUAAUACAAAAGAGUGCCUCUGGGCAUGUGCAGAGUUAAAAAAAAAAUCUAAGGAACCGCUCAGCCCACCUUUACAUAUUUGGGAUUAGGACACUGAGCUCAGAGGUUGUGGCUUUUACACAGGGGUGAGAUCCAGCACCUCUAAUUCUUGCUACUUGAAAAAAAUAAACCAAAAACUACAACCCAGCUUUCAGUCCUCCUCAUUGGAACUGUAGCAAAGAAUGGCUCUAGCGGCCUGAGAUUCAGAAACCAAGCUCCGCAGAGCCUUUUCGCUUGGGUUCAAAGUUACCCCUCAAGUACACUUUCCUCCCCCACUCCCUUUCAAAUCAUUUUGGGACCCCCUUUCUCUCAGGACACCGGGUUUUGCCCCACCCUGCCAACCCCCCCUGAGUCAUGACCCCCUCGCGCUGGAUUUUGUAGAUGCUAGAGGCUGGCACACAGGGGAGGAUGUUUAUACAAUCUGCUCUUAGGGAGGCGGAUGGGCUCAGAUGCUGGAAUGGUACUGGGUUGGGUGUGGAGGGCUCUGCUGGAAUGAGGCAGGGGGUGCCCAGAAGAGUGGAGGAGGAGGAGGAGGAGGAGGAGGUGUAACUCGGUUGUAAGUCUCCCCCAGUCCCCUUCCCCCAGCUUGGAGUACUGGGAGGGAUGCUCUUACCCAAACAAGACCCAGCUCGUUGUUUGCUCAGCCCCAGCCUCUUUGCAUUCCUGGUCCCCUGCGUUAGCUUUUCCCAGCCUCCUGGGCUCUUCAAGAACCGCUCCCUUUACCCCUCCGAGCAGUGGCUGAGAUUGCUGCUCCAAGGCAGCUCUGCCUCACCGCAGGCGGAGGCAACAACAAGCACCUUGGGAGAGGAUUUUGGGGGGUGUCCCUCUAGUCCCCCCCUUCUUGAAACCUUCCCAUCCAGAGCACCCUUUAGAAAAGGAGGUGUUCUGAGACUUGAGCCCCUGUGAAAACCACAUAUCCGAUUAUUAUCAGUUGGUAAGCCUCUUUUAUGGCAGGCCCCUUUAAGAACCCAUUUUGUAAAGUGCUUAAUUCAUCUGAUCCUGGCGAGCUCAGCUUGGGCAUCCUUCAUAAUCUUGAAGUCUUUUCUCCAGGCCCAGAAGUAUGAGAUCAGGGUGGCUCUCCUGGUUUCCUGACUGGUGGGGAGGAAAAAAAGAGAAGUCACUCUGCACAUGCUCACUACAGCCAUCGCCACCAUGUUCCAGAAUUGAAUCUUGGCUGAGAUUUCAGUUCUCACGCAGCCCCUCUUUAGGCGUAUCCUCCUCCUCCUCCUUCAAAGAUUUUUACCCUUUUUGUGUACAUAAGAGCCACGAAAAUCAAUAAAUUACAGCAAUUAAAGCCUCUCCAGGUACAAUUUCAGCAACUACAGCAGCCAGAACAUUAAAAAAGGAGGGCAGAGAAGUCAAUAUCGAUAGCAAAUGCCAGGAUAAACAGAAAGGUCUUUAACUGCCUGGGAAAGCAGCCCAUUGCCACGGCUUUGCUGAUUUCCAUUGGUAGCUCAUCUGCAAAACGGGUGCCACCACAGAUAAGGCCAUCCUCUGAACCCCUGGCCAACCAGGCUUCAGGAAACGGGGGUCCGGUCUGGAGGGCUUCACGCAUAGAUCACCCUGAGCUGCGUUGGGAAAGGUGAUCUUGGAGAGAGCCUUGUCCCAAACUCUUUCAGAUCUUUAUAGGUCAAAACACGCACCUUAAAUUGGAUGUGUGGCAGCUAGCUGGCAGCCACGCCCUGGGUGGCAUAAUGUGUACUGGGCACGAUUCCUGGUUUCUCUUAUCUGCGUUCGCAGCUUCAAAUGACAAGGGACCGAGAUAAGGAGUUUCAUUUACUUCAGUUUAAAUUAAUAUCGGCAACUGCCUUUUGGAUUUAAGGCUGCAUUUUAAGAGAGCGUGUGUGUGUUUUAUUAAUGCAUGCUGUCUUAGUGGUGUAGCUGAAAAGUGGGAUAUUUAUUACAUAUUACAUGAAUAUAUACUUUUUAAAACAAAUAUCUUAUUGUAUAAAAUGGGAGGCAUUAACUAAGAGUUCCAAAUGCAAUGCUAUAUGUUUAAAAUGCAUUAGUUGCUUGUGACACCCAUGAUAAAUCUCCUCGCACUCUGCUAAUGGUGAGCAUCAAGGAGCUGUGCGGACAGAGGUGUGGCAUCAGCGCAUGGGGUGGAGGAGGGUUUUAUCUAGUCCCCUGAUUACUAAUGGGGUGCAGAUGUGCUGUGAAAUCAUCCCCAGCUACUGUGUAGAAGCAGUGCAGAUGGCCAGCUCCCCAUGUGGCCGUAGAUCUGCCCUAAUAAGUCCCCACUUGCUGAAUUGAGGUGGUUAAAGAGGUAAGGAGAUUUGAUUUCUUGCAGAUGCAGGGGUCCCUGUCCUUGUUAAUGGGGAUGAGGGGCAGGAUAAAGGGAGGAGAAUAAAGAAACCGCAAAGCUCAAAAGCGAGAUGCAGAAAUCGGGUGUCGUGUUCUCCAGCAGUGCGCUCAUACAAGCCUAAACGGGCUCCUCGAUUGUGGUGCGUGUAGCAUCCUGGAAGAAGCCUUGAGCCCUUGAGGGGGCAGUUGUUUUUGCUCCUGCUGCUUCAUUUUUUAAGCCUGCAGUUUAUAGCUGAUGCGUUGUUUUUACGCCGUUGCGUUUUUAUGACGGUUUUGGUGGGUGGGUUUGAACUGUGGAUUCCUAACAUUCUUACGGGAAGGCAGCAUAAAUAAAUUGUUGUGGGAAUUUCUGGUUUGCUUUUUUAAAAACUGAGUUUCUAGUCCUCCUGGAAGUGGAGAAAAUUUUAAGAGUCGAAGGAGGAACUAGCUUGCAAUUGGCUUCUCAGUAGCUAUUUUCUUGCUUUCUUUAUGCUGCUUCUCCUUUCUAGAAGUAGCUGCUCUCCUUACCCCGAACCCCACAAUUCAGUCACUCUGUCUUGUGACCAGUGCCUCUCCUCGCCUAUAGUUUGGAAGUAAAGAGUGGAGAAAGAAAAUGAGAUUUGCAACCCAGUUUGUUUGUUCUGAAGUGAGUCCCCUGUGCUCAGUGAAACGUAUUCCCAGGUAAAUGUGCGUAGAACUGCAGCCUGCGUGUCUAUUUUGGUUCUCAAGAGGAUGGAAAGUUAGGAGUCAGAUACCAAGCUGACAGAUCUCUGCCUGGGGAGAUGGUGGCGCUUGGAUUCUGCGAGAUGCCUCUUCCAGGCUCAGCCUCAGGGCAUUGUGAAUGAGACCGGUGUGAGCCUGCUGCCUUUUGCCCAGCCCAUGUGUGUGACAUUUGAGGUGUGAAAAUUGCCUUGGCUCUCUGCGUAGGGAAACAAGACUCGGAGCAGCUUUCCACAAGUGGCAUGAAGGAUGCUAGAAAUAAUUGCCUCUGCAUGGGAGCCGUGCAUGGAGCACACCGUGUCCUGCUGGGAGCUGCAAGCAGAGUGCAUGCAUGGCCACAUUUGCACCAACUGUUGAAAGUGCUAUGAUACCACUUUAAACUCCGGGAGCUGCAGUUUGUUAGGGGCACCGAGAUUUGUCAGGAGACCCCUGUUCCCCUCCCAGAGCUACAAUUCCCAGAGAGGUUUUAACUGUCAAUCCCUCUACACAGUGAACUUUGGGAACUGUAUCUCCCUGAGGGGAACAAGCUAUAACAAAUGGCAACUCCCAGAAUCCUUUGGGGGGAACCCAUGGCUGCUUAAAGCCCUUUAAACAUGGUGUGCAUGGGGCCUGUGUGUGGCAGCGAGGGGUCAGGCAGUCGUGGCGGCUCUUCCACACAAACAGCUUGCCUCGUGGGUUGACCCUUGCGCCCAAAGAAGCCCGGAGCUCGCCCGGGUGCCGCAGGCCUGUCAUGGCUCCCUCGGCGACGGGGCUACGUUUUUGUCCGUUUGGGGGCACCUCUCGCUCCUUUUCCAAAUCCUGCCCGCUUGCUUCAUAUCCGCACAAACGCUCUCCCUUGCCAGAGAGAAAAUGUGCCUGCCAGGAGGCGGCUAAGCGGUGCCCGUGACAGAAUAUGCCGCUCUUGUGUGCCAGCCGUGGCACUCACAGUGCCAUGCUGCCAACUCUGGGCUCUCUUCCUCCACCUUCUCCCCCUCGGCCUGAUUCCCUGAUAACAUCUCUUAUAUCCCUGAGCCAAAGAGAGGGAAGACAACCGGUCUGGCCACUUCAAGGGGCCCUCAGAUCCCAGAGCAGCGGCUGGGGGCUGGGCGGCUGUCCUUGCAGAAGGGGAUGUUGCCAAAUCCGCCCUUCAGGCCUACCUAAGGGGGCAGCGCCCCGUCCCCUAUUCCCUUGGCAACCGUCCUCUGCUUUGUUCCCCUGCCUUUCCCAUCAAGGCCUCUCAAAGCCCCUUUAUGCGGCGGCUUCUGUGGUUUCAGGUGUGUUGAGGCCUGUUCCGUCCCACAAGGAACGCCUUUCAUUGAAAGGCACCUGCCCGGCUUCCUUCCUCCCUGGGGCAAGGCCUGUUUUCGUUCCCCUGCUGUCUUUCUCUGCCUCUCCCUUCCCGACGCCCAUUUCUCUUUCUUUCCCCCUCCGUUUCUCUUGCUCUGCCUGACUCCUUCUUCGCCCGUCCAUCCCCUUCGCCGCAUUGUGUUUAUCUGACCAAGCGUGUAAACUUCUCUUCAAAUCGCAGGCUAGAAAUUAAUGUGCGUGAUUCCUCCCCUUCAAACACACGCGCGUGCAUCCGUGGAAGAGCCUGGGCAAAGAUUGCACGGUAAACUCAGUCAGAAAGGACACUUGACUUGUGUAUUUUGACUUCUGGAGCGCUUUUAUGCACACGCUGGGCUUUGUGUUCUGCUUCUUCUAAGUAGCCAUGCUGUCGCAGGGAACCCCGGAGUCCUGGAAAUCCUGUUCCCAGACCUAUGGUCUAAAGGCUCUGCUAGAAAUUGACCCUGGAACCUUUUAUUUUAAAACGCCAAGGCUAUAUGUGGAGACAGGUGUCUCUGAGCACGUGCAGAGUGCCUUUAUCUUUCUGGUGAUUAUCCAUAGCUUGCAGGUUUUGCAAGGUUUCUGGAGCCGUGGUUGAUAAGCGGUCUGAAGCCACCGCACAGAAAUAUUUGGGUUGUCUUCUCAGAGCUGGGGAAGUAACCCAGGAGUUCUGGCUUUGAUUUUUUUCCGCUUGGAGCACCCCUUCUCCUUGCUCCUCCUCCUGCUCUCAAAUUCCUGAAAGUUCCCUCUUCCUUUGCUCUGUUUGGCAGCUCCCACACCAGGCAAACUCCACUUCUCCCCCAUGUUAAUUAGCUGGCUUCAUUAAGCGUGUCUGCAGGCGCCCCAGCCCGGCUGGGAUGCUGAGCUGAUGCCUUGCUCUCAUCGCUGCCCUGGGAGCCAGGGAGAUAAACAAUGUGCCCAGCAGCACCGCCUUCCCUUUCAUCCUUAGACUGGCACUGAGGGGUGGGGUGGGGGGGAGAAAGCUCAUAAAGUCCUUGCUCUAGCACCAGCUUGUGGUUAUUUCUAGACCCCGGGGCUUUUUUUAGCUCCUCUGGGGAUUUGGGGCUAGUCCCCCCAGGCAGCUCUGGGCUGGAUCUAUUCAUAGCUGGGCAUUUGGUCUGUGGGAGCUGGGAAAGAAAGCGUCCCUCGCUGUCAUUUGCUCUGAACGUGGCGCUGAAGAGCAAAGGAACUGUGUCGGAUUCCAGGCCCCUUGCUCCCACCCUCUGGAAUCCAUGUGCCGAACAUAGCAGGAACCCGCGCGCAUGCAUGCUACCUGGCAUGCCCCGGAUCCGCGGGAAAGCUGCGCCACGGGACUUUGUGUGCGCAUGCAAACCGCAGGAGAGUCUGUGGUGCAGACACGCAUGUUGCUACAUGUACUUAGAAACACGCUUAGGUAUGUGCCACAGGGGACGUUUGCCGUGGGUGUGUGCAUGUUCUGCGCUUGAUUUUUAAAAAGCAAAAGCUCUUCCAAGGCAAUCUGGAUUCUGCAAGAGGAUGAGCUGAAUUCUGCGACCUGUGUACAUUAUACACAUUAAGUAAAUCUUAAUCCCCGCUUCCCCGAGCUUGCAGAAUUUACUUUGCAGAAUUGUGCUUAUGUCACACAGAGGAAGAGAAAUCGUCCAGGCGCUGAAAUUUACAACACAUUAAAACGUGAAAUAAAACAACCCGGAACAAAACAAAUUCAAGCUACCAGGAAAAUAUUUCAGAUCCUUCUUAAUAAUAAUAAUAAUAAUAAUAAUAAUUUAUUAUUUAUACCCCGCCCAUCUAGCUGGGCUUCCCCAGCCACUCUGGGCGGCUUACAACAAAAUAUUAAAAUACAGUAAUGCAUCAAACAUUAAAAGCUUCCCUAAACAGGGAUGCCUUCUAGAUGUCUUCUAAAAGUUUGGUAGUUGUUGUUCUCUUUGACAUCUGGUGGGAGGGCGUUCCACAGGGCGGGUGCCACUACCGAGAAGGCCCUCUGCCUGGUUCCCUGUAACUUAACUUCUUUAAGUGACAUGUUGCUUUCUCCCUAUUUAUUUAACUACUUAUCUUAUAGAGCUGCCCCAUAGCAGAAGGACUCUCGGAAGGCAAUGUGGGGUAGUGGUUAGAGUGUCGGACUCGGACCUGGGAGAUCAGCGUUCAAAUCCCCACUCAGUCAUGGCGCUCAUGGAGUCAGUCACAGCCUCUUGGGUCAGGGUCGUUGUGGGGGAUUAACCGAGGAGAGGGACAAACCACGUACCCCUUGGGGAAAAAGGUGGGAGAUAAAUUCAAUGAAUAAGUUCUUCUGCUUACCUGCUUAAGAUAGUCGGAAGGGCCAGCCAGAUGGAGAUGUCAGUCGCCUGGCACCCAGAGAUCUCCACGUGGUCGCAACUGGACCGGCACCAGUAGCAAAUUGGAUAAUUUCUAACACCCCAUCAGGACCAGUAGCUCUGAUGCUGCAAUGCCGGAGGCUGCAUCCAGAAUUUCUUGGUUGCCCAUGCUGUCAGGAAGGGAGUCCCCAAACCUCCUCUCUUCUUGCUAAGUGAACUUCUCUAAGCCUGCUUUGUGCAGCAGCUGUUGCUAAGUAAACGAGGGAACUCGCUAUCUCCAGCCGUCCAUCCAGCCUCCCCUUGACCUUCUGCCAUCUAGUCAAGAUGUUUCUCUUCCAACAUGCAUCUGGCCUCUCAGGUUCAAUUUUUUAGCAGAUCGACCUCUUUAUUUGCACCGCUUUUCUACACUGCUCCUUUUUCUUGUUUUAUUGAUCGCCAACAAGUUACAAAUUGAUUUUGCAGUUUUUUGAAACUGUUGUUAGCUACUCUGCGAUUGCAACAGAAAAUCAGCUGAAAUAAAAACGAGCCAAAGGAUAAAUAUGAAUAUUGCAAUAUGUUUUUGUGCCGAAGCUGGGCAUCCUUCCUAACUGGCGCUGUUAGGGCUAGGGUGAUGGUGAGAAUUGCUCCUCUGGUGAGAAUUUGCCCUUUUCCAGAUCUGGUGUAACAUUAUAGACUUGAUCAUGUGUGUGUGGUGGGAGAGAAUGGGCAGAAAAAUGGAGGGAUAGGUCUGUGCACUGCAAAACUGAUUUCAGCUGCAGAACUGAUUUCUUGCUUGUCCUUGGAAUCAUAGUGUUGUCGAGUUGGGAGGGACCCCAAGGUCAUCUAGUCCAGCCGCCUGCAAUGCAGCCGUCCCUGGGUGGGCUCGAACCGCCGACCUUCUGGUUAACAGCCAGACUCACUGACCCAUGGCGCCUUUGCCUGCACAUCUGGUUUCCUUACAUACCACAUCAAGCUUACUUUCCCUGUUUUGCUUCUAGGCUGUGUGUGUGUAUAUGUGUGCAAGCAUAAUAUUAUCGUUAUUCUUGUUGUAAAAAUCUUAAUUUUAUGGCAAGGAAAUCUGGUUUCUGUAGAAGUGGAAAUAAAAAUCAGUUGAUUUGCACCCAUUUUUAUUUUCAGUUCUACAGAAACCGGAUUUUUAUUUUUUUUAAUUUAUUUAUUUUAUUAUUUCUUUAAUGUGUAUUCUGCCUUUCUCCCAAAGCAGGGCCCGAGAAUAAAUUAAGCAGAUGCAACUUUAGAGUGGGGAAAAAUCAAAUAAGGAACCCUAUUAAACAAAUAAGUACAGUGGUACCUCAGGUUAAGUACUUAAUUCGUUCUGGAGGUCCGUUCUUAACCUGAAACUGUUCUUAACCUGAGGUACCACUUUAGCUAAUGGGGCCUCCCGCUGCUGCUGCACCGCCAGAGCACGAUUUCUGUUCUCAUCCUGAAGCAAAGUUCUUAACCUGAAGCACUGUUUCUGGGUUAGCGGAGUGUGUAACCUGAAGCGCAUGUAACCUGAAGCGUAUGUAACCCGAGGUACCACUGUAAAUCGAUUGUGCAUUGUGUGAUUGACGCAAAAAGAUGCACAUGCAUGUCUUCAUUUUUGUUUUCAAGGGCCCAGAUAUUCAAGGAAUCAUUUCAUAUUCUUUCAGAGAAAUGAUGGAGAGGCAGUAUGGGACACGGGGGGGGGGGGGGGAGCCUGUAGGUUAUCGUGGUUGGAUGCUAGGAAAGAAAAAACAAUGCGAGGGGGACUGAAGUUUGCCUCUUGAUCUUUGGUACCUCUUCAUAUACUGCAAGGCCACGAGGGCUAGCCAGUUUUCUUUAACAAAGGAGGGAGUGAGACUUCCAGGGCGCCAAGUUUUGAGCUGGCUGCCCAGCGCUGCAGUUGCAAGCCCAAAUCCCAGUGGCGCAGAAACGCCGCGUUCUUUCUGCUCCCAUUAGUCCUUGGCUGCUCGUCUUCCUCUCGGUUCCUCCUCCUUCUCACUCGGUCCCCCCCCUGCUCUUCCUCCCCCCCUCCCUGUUUUUAUUCCUUGGUUGUCCCUGGCUCCUUUUUCAUGGCAGGCCACAGCUGUUCCCUGGGUCAGCGGCACCUGUUACUGUUUAAUCAGCCUCCCCUUUCUCAGUAACUCCUUCGUCUCCGCCGCCACCCACCCCCCUCCGGGGACGACUUGGAACCCACAAGGCUAGCAAGGGAGAUCCCUCCCUCUGGGGAUCUGCAAAUAGAGAACAGCCUGUGUGAUCCACUUCUAGGACUUCAUCAGGAUCCUCCCCUUUUGCUCUUUUUGGAAGUGACUAAAUAGCCGUGCUUCUCAAGUCGCUAGGAAGCAUGACAUAGAAACAUGUGCAUGGCCUCAGGGUAUGUCCUUGGAAUCCUUCACCUUUUCUCCUUCUGCCCCGUGUUUCUUCUUUUCCUUUCCAGAAGUGGUGCCUUUUGAAGAUCAAACUGUUUCAGCAGGCCUUUGGCCUGAUUGGCUGAUGAUCAGCGUUCGAAACUCCCGUUGUUCUAGGCGCAUUUUGCGAGCGUCAUCAGCGCGAGCGGUUUCUGAGCUCUGGGCGCAGUACUGCGUCUAAGAUUUCAGAUUAAAACUGCAGAGGGGAAGGAAAGGAGAACCUUUUUCUGCCUCCCCACUUCCAGCUACUCUCUGAAGACUGGAGAAGAGAGAUUCUCUUAAGAAUAUUAGGGGGCUGGGCAGGGGAAGGACUAGACCAUGUGAAAAAUGAACACAAUAUUUUAGCUGCAGUUCAUUCAUUUUCAGCUUUGUAUUCUUCUUUAAAAAAGUGCGCCUAGACAUUCUUUUGUUGCGCCCAUAACCUAGGUUUAAGCUGCCAUUUAGCCCCUAGCUUUCAUAUCUCAAUUUCUAACACUGAUGAUAUAUUUAUUCCCUAUGCCCCAAGAUGUCUCUCUUAUCUAAGUGGCUGGUUUGCAUUUAAUUUUUGUGGGGUUUGCCUGGUGCAUAUGUGUGUGAGAGAGAGAGGAAGAGAGAGAAUUGUUCUGUACGCCAUUCUGGGAAGUUGAGAAGCAGAAACAGACAGGCGACGAGACAUCAAUAUUUUAAGUAAAUAAAUAAGCGUGCUGCUGGGCUCCCCAUGGAUGGGGCGUGCAUCCUGCCUGACGGAGCUGUGUCCUAAAUGCCUUUUCAUGCUGUGACUGCAUGUCAGCUACUUGUAGACAUCUCCUGGCUAUGCGUGUGGCGGGGACAGGAAUCACCUCUCUUUAUGUGUUUCUCCGUUCUGUCCCUCCUCCUCCUCCUCCUCCUCCUGUGACAUGAAACCAUAUCAAGGUGCAUGCUCAGAACAGCUAGCUUAACCCAAGAAGCUGUCUUAGGAUAGGCCAGACCAUCUCAGCACUCCUCUGGAGAUCUGUUUGGCUAAUAAAGAGUUAACGCCAACUCACUCGGUGUGAUUUACUGCUGCUCGCUUCACAGGCAGAUGUCUUCUCCAUCAGCCUUCCUCAACCUGGUGCCCUCCAACUAUUUUGGACUACGACUACUCCUAUUCUUUGGAGGAAAUGUGGGAAAUCGAUUGAAUAAGUGAAGCAGCUGGAGGGCACCUGGUUGGGGACAGCUGUUCUACACCACCUGCUACCUGAUCCUCGUAAAUGGGAGAUGCCAGGGAUUUACCGGAUUUUUUGCUCUAUAAGACUCACUUUUUCCCUCCUAAAAAGGGGAAAUGUGUGUGCAUCUUAUGGAGCGAAUGCAGGCUGCGCAGCUAUCCCAGAAGCCAGAACAGCAAGAGGGAUUGCUGCUUUCACUGCGCAGUGAUCCCUCUUGCUGUUCUGUCUUCUGAGAUUCAGAAUAUUCUUUUUCUUGUUUUCCUCUUCUGAAAACUAGGUGCGUCUUGUUGUCUGGUGCAUCUUAUAGAGCGAAAAAUGCGGUAAAUGGACUGUGUCAGCUUGUACUCCCUACCAUUGAGUUGUGACUUUAAGUUUAACAGCCUAGCUAACCCCUCAAAACCUUUCGCUGAGCUCUUGCCCGAUGGGAAUCAUUGCAGUGGCUUCUCCCACACGCCACCCUUGCAACUUUAAUAUAUCUGCGUGUAAGCGGCUGGCUAGGAAAACCUGGAGGAAUUACAUGUUGCAAUUUAACUAAAUCUUCUGCAGCAGCUCCCUGUUUGGAAGCCGAGUCAUCUUUACGGUCUCUCUUUCAUUCCCCUAAUGCAUUAAGACGCCGCGGCCAAGAAGGUUCGGAGAAACCGCAAGCCAAGCGUGCUCUUCCAUCUCGGCCCCAUCCAUUAGGAGCCUUCCCUCCAAUUGGCUGAUUAACCUGCAGAUUAUAUGGUUUCAAGCUUUUCAAGGCCAGAUAAUAUGGAGGAGUCCUAAUCCGUGUUUGUGAUUGGGGUGGUAAUUCUGGAUUAAUUAACGCAGAGCAGGAGAGUGUGACAUUGAGGUUGUUAACAAAUGCUUCCUCCUUGUUGAUGUUUUCCAGCAACAGGGUUUCUUCAUUGCUUUGUUUAUGUGACAACUUGUUGUUCUUCCUCCAAAUUUGAGGAAGUGUCUUCUGCUUGGCCAGAGAGGUGUUGUCUAGUCUCUGUCCCCUUUAUCAGCUUUGCGUCCCCUCCCCCCCAAAAAAGGACUUGUUUGGGAUGAUAGCAGGAAAAGCAGAGCAUGAACGCUUUAGCGAAUAGAUUAAUGUUCAGUGGCGAGCAUCCAAGCAAACCAGAUUGCUUCUCUAUGCUUUGGAGAGAGUCUGUUUUUGUUCUGCGCUUCACACUACAAAGGUGUAGGUCAUGGGGCUAUGCAUUGGCAAAGAAGACCAGUUCCCUUCUGACGGUCUCCUUGUUUAUCAUGGGAUCUGUUGCUCUGCUGUGGCUAUCGAUUAGUUCCUGGGCUCAGUCCAAAGGGCUGCUUUUGAUCUCUAAAGUCAUUUAUGGCUCAGGUCCAGCGUAUUUCAGGGACCUGGUCUCCUCAUAUGAACCAGCCCAAACCCUUUGUCAGAGGCCCUUCUCUGUGUGACCCACCUGAGGGCUGUCACCUGGAGGAUGGAGCGAGCUUGUCUUCUCCUGCUCCGGAGGGUAGGACCCGAAGCAACGGGUUCAAGUUACAAGAAAGGAGAUUCCGACUCAACAAGAGGAAGAACUUUCUGGCAGCCAAAGCUGUUAAGACAGUGGAACAGAUUCCCUCGGGAGGUUGUGGGCUCUCCUUCCUUGGAGGUUUAUAAGCAGAGUUUGGACGGCCAUCUGCCAUGGAUGCUUUAGCUGAGAUCCCUGCAUUGCACGGGGUUGGACUAGAUGACCCUCAGGGUCCCUUCCAACUCUUAUGAUUCUAUGUUUCUAAGUGCAGAAUGCUGCAGUAUGAGUGCAGACAGGAGUGAGGCCCUGUCAGCAUAGAAUAACUUUGCUCAGAGAGCUGCACUGGUUUCUGAUAUGCUACCACGUAGGUAGGCAAACUAAGGCCCAGAGGCCGGAUCCGGCCCAAUCACUUUCUAAAUCCGGCCCGCGGACGGUCUGGGAAUCAGCGUGUUUUUACACGAGUAGAAUGUGUCCUUUUAUUUAAAAUGCAUCUCUGGGUUAUUUGUUGGGCCUGCCUGGUGUUUUUACAUGAGCAGAAUGUGUGCUUUUAUUUAAAAUGCAUCUCUGGGUUAUUUGUGGGGCAUAGGAAUUCAUUCAUAUAUUUUUUUCAAAAUAUAGUUUGGCCGCCCACAAGGUCUGAGGGACAGUGGCCUGGCCCCCUGCUGAAAAAGUUUGCUGACCCUUGUGCUACCAGGCCAAGUUCAGUGUGUUGCUAUUAGUAUAUAAAUCCCCACCUCUUCCCCUUGAAAACCGGCUCUUUAGUGCAAGAUCAGUUCCCCAGAGAUGCAGAUAAAUCCUUUGUCAUCUUUUAGGCAGCAGGCCUAAAGACCUUCCUGUUUUCCCCCUGUUAAUGCCUUUGGUACGUUAAUGUUGCAUCUUUUUAAUGAGGUGGGUAGAAGUGGUUGCUGGAUUUUAUUUUGUAUUUUGUAUUGUUGUUGACUUUUCCGUUUUCCCGCUUUUAAAUUGCUCCGACGUGUUUUGUUGUGCCCAGCCGCUUUCGAGGCUUUUCAGUUGUAUAAAGUGGACCGGCAAAUGGAAUAAAUAGAUAAAUAACAGCAAUAAGAACAGAAAGGGGCUGGGGAUAAUCAAUACAGGGGAGUGAAAGAGGCACCGCAUUCUGCACCAAAGCAAAGUGGAUUCUGAGACUGGCAUAAGUGAAGCAAAACGCAUCGUCAGCUGUUGUGCAUCACAUAUCGAAUUUCCUAGACUUGAGGAUCGACGAGGAACUAACCUCGCAGCGCCAUAAACCCCUGCUCCCUAGAGAUCCUGACCGGCCCCUUCCCCAGCUUUUAAGACUUGGAAGCAUAAGCCUGCCUUUCCCCUGAUAUAUAGCUAUCUAUUUUAAGCUGCUGCAUUAUGUCGCCAUUUCAGAAUAUUUUAGCCCCUGUACCAUGCAGUCAAGGAAUAUGCAGUUCUGGCUGUGAUGUCUGGGGCCCGAUUGCAUGUUUUCUGUCCAUUCACGAGAGACGGAAGAGAAAAGCCCACUUUAGGGGUGUAGGUAUAGGAAACCUUGAACCUGCCGGGACAGCUCAGUCAAUUAGUAUGUGGUGUGGACAAUGCCAAGGUUGCGGGUUCGAUCCCCAUACGGGACAUAUUCCUGCAUUGCAGGGGGUUGGACUAGAUGACCCUCAGGGUCCCCUCCAACUCUAUGAUUCUUUCCACUUGCCGCUGCUCCGCUCCCAAUUGUCUCUUCCAAAGAUGUCCCCCCCCUUUUUUUUUUCUUUUGGAAAGAGCUUUCAAACUGCAGUAACAGGCUUUUGUGUGUCUUGUGUAAUUUGGCACUGACAAGAAAGGGGGGGAAAACGAGGCGGGGAGCUGAUCUGGCUUUGGAAACUUUAGUUAAAAGAAAACCGCUCUUUUGGACGCAGGUUAGUAUGUCAGAGAGGGAUAAUAUGUCUGGAUUAUUGCAUCACUUCCAUGGCUCUCAGCAGGGCAGAGUUGGGACACUUGCAACCUGACACUGUAUUGUUUUGAUUCCAAUUCCCACCGGCACCAACCAACCCACAUGCCCAGUGGUCAGGAAUGAUGGGAAUUGUAGUUCAGCAAUAUGUGAAAAAGGGACAUGGGUGGUGCUGUGGGUUAAACCACAGAGCCUAGGACUUGCCGAUCAGAAGGUCGGUGGUUCGAAUCCCCGCGACGGGGUGAGCUCCCGUUGCUCGGUCCCUGCUCCUGCCAACCUAGCAGUUCGAAAACAUGUCAAAGUGCAAGUAGAUAAAUAGGUACAGCUCCGGUGGGAAGGUAAACAGCAUUUCCGUGCGCUGUUCUGGUUCGCCAGAAGCGGCUUAGUCAUGCUGGUCACAUGACCCGGAAGCUGUACGCCGGCUCCCUCGGCCCAUAAAGUGAGAUGAGUGCCAGAACCCCAGAGUCGGCCACGACUGGACCUAAUGGUCCGGGGUCCCUUUACCUUUACCUUAAUACGUGAAAAGUACCUAGUUCGCUAUCCCUGCUGUAGGGGAUGAAUUCAGGUUGGAGGAAGAAGGUCAAGAUUUGCAACUGAGGUCCCUGGUUUCUUUUCCUAUUUUGGGGAAGAGAGUUGUAGGGUCCAAGGUGUGAAUCUUCUCUGCAUCAGGGCAGGAGUUAAGGAUCACAUCUUCUUUUUUUUUUGCAAACCUGCCAUCAAGCUGGGAGGUAGGACUCCUGGGUUCUCUUCUUCCCACUUCUGGGGGAUCUAUUAUUUUUACUAAAUGUUCAUGCUUCAGGAGCUCUGUCUUCAAUGAGCAAAAAGUGUGUUAGAGUUGCGGUUUUGUUUGUUCUGGUGAGGAUGGGAUUUCUUGCCCAAGUGCAUUUCAAUAUGUUUUGGCUCCGGUUUUGAAAAUGUGCUUGGAGGGGGAGAGGGAAAAAAACUUCCUGUUUUCUUACCGAUAGAAUGGUUAUCUGGAGAGUCCAUAAAAGGUGGUAAAAGCUUGGCUGGAGUUGGCUGGACAGAGUUCAGGGCAGGAGGGAUUAGGAACGUUCAGAGUUUGGGAAAAGGGGGUUGUAGGAGCUAGCCGAGGCAUUUGGGGCUCACUGAGAGGCAGUGUGGCGUAGUGGUGAAAGCAGCUUUCCCCAGCAUGGUGGCCUUCAGACGGUUUGGGCUAAAACUCCCAUCAGGAUGGGAACUGUAGUCCAAAACAGCUGGAGGGCACUUGGUUGGGGAAAGCUGGGCUAGAGUGCCAAACAAGAAAUGACGAGACCCAGGUUCAAAUCCUUCCUCCGUCACGAAACCUACCUCACAAGGUUGUUGUGAGGAUCAAAUUGUGUGUGCCGCCGGAGCAGAGGGUUGGGGAACAAUGUGCGCUGACCGCCCUGAACUCCUUGGAGUAAAAGUGGGAUCGAAAUGUAAUAGCAGACAAACAUUUCACCCCACAUUUUACUACAGUGGUACCUUGGGUUACAUACACUUCAGGUUACAAACUCCACUAACCCAGAAAUAGUGCUUCAGGUUAAGAACUUUGCUUCAGGAUGAGAACAGAAAUUGUGCUUUAGCGGCGCGGCGGCAGCAGGGGGCCCCAUUAGCUAAAGUGGUGCCUCAGGUUAAGAACAGUUUCAGGUUAAGAACGGACCUCCGAAAUGAAUUAAGUACUUAACCCGAGGUACCACUGUACAUGUUGGCAGUGGUAAAAAUUCUCUUUUUUGAUGCAGGAGAUAGAGGCUGAACAUUUGUAGCACAAUCAACACACACGUAAAGCCUUUAAACAUACAUAAAAUCCCACCAAGAAUCUAGGGAGCUGUAGUUUCUUAAGGUUACUGGGAAUUGUAUAUGUGAGGGGUGAACUACGGUUCCCAAGGAUUCUUAGAGGGGAGGCAGUGUGCUUUAAAUGUCUGGUGCAACUGAUAAAGUUAGAUCAGGCGUCAGCAUACUUUUUCAGCAGGGGCCCAGUCCACUGUCCCUCAGACCUUGUGGGGGGCCGGACUAUAUUUUGGGGGGGGAAAUGAACGAAUUCCUAUGCCCCACAAAUAACCCAGAGAUGCAUUUUAAAUAAAAGCACACAUUCUACUCAUGUAAAAACACCAGGCAGGCCCCACAAAUAAUCUAGAGGUGCUUUUUAAAUAAAAGGACGCAUUCUACUAAUGUAAAAACACGCUGAUUCCCAGACCGUCCGCGGGCCAGAUUGAGAAGGUGAUUGGGCCAGAUCCGGCCCCCGGGCCUUAGUUUCCCUACCCAUGAGUUACGGUAGAUUGUCUGCAGGGACUCAUUGCUUUUGCAAAUCCCCCGCCCCUUUGCUUUCUCCUCUGCCCUGAGAGAAGUUGGCUAUUCUUAGGAGACCCCUCCUUAAUAUGAAUAAAGAGGUUGGCCUGGGUGCACGCCGGCCUCUUUCAUCUGCCCUUCCCAUGCCACUGUGGGCUGCGUCUGGCGCAGGCUCAGGGAUUUGGGGUGGGUGUGGGCGAGGGGGCUCCCUUCCCGGCCUGGGAGCGUCCCCAGCGCCAGCUGUCACUGGUCUGCGUCCCCUCUGCGGGAAUCCCACUAACAAGGCUAAUCUGUCACUCCAGCUUCUCUUCCCCGGCAGGGAAGGCCUGAGGGAGGACAGGGCAACCCGAACCCAGACAGGGCUGGGGGCUGGGGGUGGGAGAGAGAAAGAUGGCCGGGUUGGGCUCAGAUGGGACAGCUUUUGUGUGCGUGCCUCAGAGGUGGGACACCGUGGUCCCCCGGUCUGAUACGGGGCGAGGCAGCUUCUGCAGCAGACAUUUUAAGCUAACCAGACAAGCCUCACAUGGUUUUUUGUAGUGGGAGGUGGUGAGGAGUCACGGAUUGGGGUUUGGCCAGAGCCUCAGAAUUUGCUUUUAAAAACAAGUAAACAAAACCUUUGAGUGAAAUCUAGGGGGCUGUUAAGCUGUCAGAAGUGGCUGGCUAUUUACAGUUUGGAUAUGGCAGUGAGAGGAAAUUUAAGAAAGGGGGAAAAAGCAACGCUUUGCCAAAUUCUGGGAGAACUAGCACCGGGAUAAAAUCUAUUUAGCUGUUCUUUAUACAGCGCAAUGAAGUUUUAGGCGGGUGUUAAGAUGCACAUUUCUUAUACUUUUGUUUUUCAGAGCACCGGUGGCUCAUUUGACAACCAGGGUUCAGGGUCCCCCCUCCCCAUUUUACCCUCACAACCACGCUAUGAGGCCCACAACAGUUUGUUUGGUUUGCAGAUGUGCCCCCCCAAUGGUGAUCUCUUGUGUAGCUGAAUGUUCCCUUAUACAUAAAAAAUAAAAUUCAAGAAUGUGAUAGUUCCAAAAGCUAAUCUGGUUGGAGGUGGCGGGGAGAUGAAGAGAUGAACACAAACAUGGCUAUGGGCACAUUCCCAACGUAAAACUCAGCUGCUUCACUCUGUUCCUCAGUUUCAAUGGGAGAUGGUUUGUGGGCAGAUGCAUCAAAGCAGAGUGUUUCAUAAAAAACUGCAGGAUAGAUAGGGAAUAAAGCAGUUAUUUUAUGCGUGCUGUGUUUCCAGAACAGUGGUGAGCUGACUUAGGCUCCAAAAUCUAGUUGUUUCAGUGUUGGAGUUAACACCUACCAUCUCAUUGUUCCAAUGUGCACAAUUUCCUUUGUGUAGUGGAGAGAGUGCCCCUAGGUACAUGCAGAGUUCAGUUCCCUUGACGCAGCCACCACAGCCAGUCCUCCCUCACCCAGGAUCUUAGCAGGGCUAGGUUUCUCCACAAACAAAAGAGCCUUGGUGAAUCUCGUUUUGCAAAGCAGGCAGUGUACAAAAUGCGUUUCAAGGUCUUUCGCUUGCCCACACACAUGGCUAGGAAGGGGGGAUUAACUGCAUACUAUUUGCAAACAUGUACAUGUGCUCAUGCAUUUGUUUGCAUGCAGGCACGCAGCAGAGGGGGCAGAAAGCCAUUUUUUCCCCCAGUCAGUCACACUUUGGGUUCAGUGAGUUGUUACCAGAAGCACAAGCCUUCCUCUUCUGCUAAAGGGACACUUUUCUGCUGCAGAAACUCAUUACAAGACGGACAUUCUUCAAGGGACUGCCUUAAAUCUAGCCUAGGCUUCUAAACCCAGCUGCUAAGAUUAUCUGAAUCUGAGUGGCAAAACCUUUGCAUGGUUCAGCAUUUGAGUGAAUGGGGCUUCCUUUCCUUGCCCUUUCCCAAUCUCCGCUUUUGGGUGUAAUGCCAGGAAUCCUGGCUGGUUGAAAAACACGUUGACAGUUGAGGUCGCUGCCUGUAUGUUUUAUCACUUGAUCUUGUGUAGUUUUCAUAAGUAAACAUGCGAAUUUGGCUCUCGUGAUGAGUCAGAGCUCCGUUUCAUCUAGCCCGGUGGUUUUCCCCUCUAAGCAUCUCGGUCAUUUUCCGCUUCAACUUGCCUUUCGAGUGAUACCUAUGCAUUACCUGAACUUUCCUGUGUUGAAGAGGAUUCUGGGCAGGUUUUUGUGCAAAGUCUUGGUUCACGCAUGGCGUUUGUUGCAGCCUAUUGAGUCUUGCUGUGGCCCCGUGUAAAUUGAAAGGUUGCCCUAGGCAGGAGUGUGUGAAAUGACCGCCAGCUCAUUUCUGAAAAUAAAUGUUUAGGAUGAGUGUGUGUUCAUGUGUGCUGUGUUCUUUAAUUUUAAGAGUGUGACUUGUCCACACCCCAUCCCUCCCCACUCUCUGUUUUGCAUUUGGCUCCUGUUGGUGAAUAAAGUAGAUUCGACAAGCCUGGCAUCUGCCCACCCCUUCUUCAGAGCACGCCAAUACACCCUGCAGAGGAAUCAGAGGGACCCCAAGGGACAUCUAGUCCAACCCCCUGCAAUGCAAGAACCUCAACUAAAUCAUCCAUGACAGAUGGCCAUCCAACCUCUGCUUAAACAACCUCCCAGGAGUUUCCCAGCCGCAGUGUGAAAAGCCACAAGUCUAGCCUGGAUCGCCAUGUUCUCUGGCAGAGUUCCUCCCUGGUCUCACUACCAAAUAUAUAUUUUAAAACAAAACAAAACUUGGGGAUGUUGCAAGCUGAGCCAUGGGACUGUUUACCUACAUGAGUAAUGGUUCCUCUCCUAUACAAGCGGAAGGGCCCAUACAUAGUUCAGUGGGAGGACAUCUGCUUUGCAUGUAGAAGGUACCAAGUUCAACCCCUGGCGUCUCUCGGUAGGGCUGGGCAUGUCUCUCUUUCUGAACCUAUAGGGAGCUUCUGCCCUUGGUGUGCGCACUACUGAGCCACGUGACCCAAUGCUCUUAAAUUUCUUAUAAAGCAGCUUCCAAUAAUAAUAAUAAUAAUAAUAAUAAUAAUAAUAAUAAUAAUUUCUUAUUUAUACCCCGCCCAUCUAGCUGGGUUUCCCCAGCCACUCUGGGUAGCUUCCAACAAAAUAUUAAAAUACAGUAGUCCAUCAAACAUUAAAAGCUUCCCUAAACAAGGGACACCUGCCAACCUUGCAGUUCGAAAGCACGUCAAAGUGCAAGUAGAUAAAUAGGUACCGCUCCGGCGGGAAGGUAAACGGCGUUUCCGUGCGCUGCUCUGGUUUGCCAGAAGUGGCUGAAUCAUGCUGGCCACAUGACCUGAACGCCGGCUCCCUCGGCCAGUCAAGCGAGAUGAACGCCGCAACCCCAGAGUCGGCCACGACUGGACCUAAUGGUCAAGGGUCCCUUUACCUUUACCUUAAACAAGGGAGGAUAAUGAUCUGCUCAGGUUCAAAUCCUACUUUAGCCAUGGACUGCCUCUCUGGAGCUGUCCUUGCGAUACGGGUGCCAGAUGUACCCGGUUAAGUGGAACAGUUCUGGGGAGCGCAUGAACUUUCUCCCUGUCAGUAGAGCGCAACGUCACCUUCCUCUGCCGUGCUCUCCUGAGUGCCAGCGAACUGAGAGGGAAGGAGGGAGAUGUUCAUGUUGCGAAUAUGCUUUGCCGCCACUCACAGAAAGGCAUGAAGCCAUGCAUCCCAGUGGAGCCUGCUGCCUGGGCGCACCCAGUGUGCCACUAUGGCCCUGUCUCCCUCACGGUGCGGACAGGAGACAAAGCGAGCGAGUGGCACACAUCUAAGGCUGGCAGCUCGCGUUUUUCUCACCAUUAUCUAUAUAGGCCUUUCGAGAAUAACGUUCUUCCUACAGGGGAGCCCUUGAAAAUCUCUUUCCCACCCUGCUUCUUCAAUGCGCAGGCUGGAGCAUGGCCCCAGGGGAAAAGUGUGCUUCACAGGCCCGAACCAACAAGGCCCAGCCUCUGGAUGUGGGCCAGAGGUCCUCAUUCUCGUCCUUUCUCAGUCACGAUGGAAACAGCUGGUUGGCCUUCCCAUGUUGAAUGUCCCCAAAAUAAAAUGAAAUAAUCCCCAGACAAAACGGGCCUGGCAGCGCACCCUGGGGACUAGAGAAAGGCGUGUGGGCCUGUAUGGUUCCAUACGGUUUUAGGCCGCUGGAGGCGCACCUCAGGUGGAGGGAAAAUGGGUGUGUCUGUGUGUUUUUGAUGCCUGGUGUCGACCAUUCUUGUGAGGCAUGGCGUCACCCAAGCUCUGUUUUCCCUGCUGCAGGGUGGCAGCAAGCUGGCAAGCUGCCUUCUGGUACAGACUGCCAGUCGCUGGCAUCUGUCUCAGCCUCCUUCCCACGGGAGACCUGACUUGCUCUCUGAACAUCAGGCGUGCAGGCAAACCCAAUCCUAAGCCAAAGGGCAUCCAUUUUUAGGGUUGCUGUUAUUGUUUUGGUAAUGUUUGGUAAUGUUUUGGUUGUUAUUUGUUUUGGUAAUGUUUAUUGUAGAAUGUAUUAUAGAAAAACAGAGCUCCGCAUCCGCAUUCAGUCACAAGAUACAGUCAGACAGGGGGUCUCUUCAUAUCUCCAUCGCUAUCAAACAUCGCAAUAUAUCGAGAUAUCGUGAUGCUUAGCUGGUGAUAUAUCGUGAUGCUGAAAACCAGAUAUUGCCCAGCCCUAACAAACAAAGCACUGAAAGGAGGCAGGCGGGGGGAAAGACACUGCCUUGUUUUCCAUCAGUUAACCAAGUCGAAACUCACAUAUUAUUAUUAUGUGCAAAGCUGCUGAAUGGUCUAAAAUUUAAAAAUAUCUGUAAGCAAUAUAAACGAGAGACAGGGGAAGAGGGAGGGAGGGAGGGAGAUUUUUAAUUGCUUCGGUUGGGGCCAUCAGUUUUCCACUACUGGGUUUAGAGGAGAUUAAUGUAACAAUGCAUAUUUGCUGUUGUAGUUCAGCCUCGGCACCUCUGUGGCCGACAGUUGGUUCAGCUUCGGCAGCCACAUUGUGAGCUGACAGGCGGCAGAUAACCUGCCCAUCUUAUUUAUACAUAAUUAACCUCAUUUGCAUACAAUUAAGCAUGUGCUCGGCGAGUGGAAGGCUACAGCCGGUGGACAUAUUGCAACAUUUCCGCGCCUGUCUUUUGUGUAAUUUCUAGGCUGAGGCCAGGAGUGGGCUGUUGUUUAUUUUCUUGUUGCUUAAGUGUGAGAUUGCUGCACCUUCUCAAGCUCAGAGCAGUUACACCCCCCCACUCUGCAGUUGCUCAUAAUAAACCUAUGUCACUCUGGAGACAAGUGAGAAAAUGGACGGUUUCAGCUCUUUGCAAACGGAGGUCGCAAGUCUCCUUUUGCCAAGUCUUCCAGUCAUAUUGAAGGAGGUGAGGACAGGUGACCCCACCUAGGCCCAAAGUCACCCCGGAGGCUGGGAGUCAGUGGGUGUGAAGAAAGGUGAAUGUAAACAAAGAGAACAUUUUUCACCUGGGCCAAGGCAAGGUAUAUCUGCCAAAAUGUCUUUCAUUGAUGGGAACAGGAGUGCCCUCCUUUCCAUUGCCUUGCCCCAGCCAAAAUGAGGGUUUGUCAACUCAGACGUACCAAUCCUAAGUUAACCUAAAGCACGGUUUGCAAGCCCACUUCAAACUGCAGUUUUGGAUUCCAGUUUGCUGUCCAGUUGUGAGCCACGGUCUGUCAACUUGGACUUUAUGCCAAACCAUAGUUAAACUACAGGAACCAUGCUGUGGAGCUAAAUUCAGCCAGAGUCAUAAAGCUGUUGUCCCUAAACAUUCAAAAUCACAACGCUGUCUCUCAGAAUCACGAUAUAGGGGUGCGUAAUACAUUUGAAGCUCUUCUGGGUUUUGAUAAUAAGGUGUUUACUCAGGAGGCUGAAAAUUGGAGGGGAAAUUGAGUUCUUUCCUCCUCUCACUGUUCCGCAACUAGAAAAAAACAAAUUCCAAAGUGAAUAAAUCAACUUGCUUAGUUUAGACAAACCUGUUAGUAUGCCCCUGUUUGAGGACUGGAUCGCAGGACUUGCCUGUCACAGUCCUGAUCUUGUGCAUAUCACUCAUCUCACCGUAUGCAAGAGAGGAACGCUCAGUAUUUUCUCGGCUCCAUUUUGUCACUCGCUCCAGGGCAGUUGCCUUCUCAGUAACGUGUUUUAGCCUGCUGCAGGAAGGAGAAUGGUAAGGGCUUGUUCUGUAACCAUUCCUCCCCUUUCAUCUCUUUUACCGAAGCUUCUGCUUCUCCUAAGAGAGAAACCCGAAUUGGGUUUGCUCAGCAUCUACAGGUCUUGGGCAUUUUAAAACAACAGGACGUGUUCUUUCUUUGAGAACUUGCCCCAUGCCUUCAUGUCUUUCUGCUGUGAAUCACCCCUCCAUACCUCAGCAUGCAAAACGGCAUUAUACGGAGAGUGAUUAUGGGUGUAUCUACUCCAAAAUGUUGCAGAACACUCAAGAAUGGCCUUGGCCUUGAUUCAUGUAUUUUUUCUGAUAUAUAGAUUGAUUCUAUAUAUCAAUCUAUUGAUAUUGAUAUUGAUUCAUGUAUUUUUUCUGAUAUAUAGACGCUGUUUUGCCCAAGACCAGAUUAUUGCCCAGACUAACAAGGCCAAAGCCUCAGGGCUUUGGUUUUCAUAAAAUGGAGCCGGUGCAUCAAUUCAUUUUCUUCUCUAAAUUUAUCAGCUAAAAGGCCUCUUCUCAACGGCCUGGCCGAGGGCCUGUAAUAUUUGGAUAAAUAUGGCGCUGUGUUUAAUGGUUUAUGCUGGUGCUGGGGAGAGGAGAGCAUUUCACAAGUGGGGGGUCACCACAGAAAAGGCCCGUUCUCGUGUUGCCACCCUCUGGACCUCUUGUGGAGGAGACACAUAAAGAAGGGCCUCAGAUGACGAUCACACUUUGGCCACCUCAUGAGAAGAGAAGACUCCCUGGAAAAGACGCUGAUGCUGGGAAAGAUUGAGAAGCGGACAACAGAGGACGAGAUGGUUGGACAGUGUUCUCGAAGCUUCCAGCAUGAGUUUGACCAAACUGCGGGAGGCAGUGGAAGACAGGAGUGCCUGGCGUUGAGAGGAGUGCCAUGCGUUCAUGAAGAGUUGGACACGACUAAACGAUUAAACAACAACAAGCUGUUAAAAGCUUUAUAGGUCAAAACCAGCACUUUGAAUUUGGUCCGGAAACUUAUCAGCAGCCAGUGCAGUCAGGCCAGGAUCGGUGCAGUGUGCUCAAACCAUCUUGCCCCGGAGAGCAGCCUAGCCGUCAAAUUCUGCACCAUCUGGGGUUUCCAAACUAUUCUUUCGAAGUGACUUGGGUUAUGUUUUCUGUGAAGUUCCAUUCGGCAUAACAGAACUAAACGGGCUCGGCCCUGUAUACCUGAAGGAGCGUCCCCACUCCCAUCGUUCAGCCCGUGCACUGAGGUCCGGCUCCGAGGGCCUUCUGCCUGUUCGCUCACUGCGAGAAGUGAAGCUACAGGGAAGCAAGCGGAGGGUCUUCUCGGUAGUGGUGCCCGCCCUGUGGAACACCCUCCCAAAUGUCAAAGAGACAAACAGCUACAGGGGUACCUCGGGUUACAUACGCUUCAGGGUACAUACGCUUCAGGUUACAGACUCCGCUAACCCAGAAAUAUUACCUCAGGUUAAGAACUUUGCUUCAGAAUGAGAACAGAAAUUGCACAGCAGCGGUGCGGCAGCACCGGGAGGCCCCAUUAGCUAAAGUGGUGCUUCAAGUUAAGAACAGUUUCAGGUUAAGAACAGACCUCUGGAACGAAUUAAGUACUUAACCCGAGGUACCUCUGUAUUUGACUUUUAGGAGACAUCCGAAGGCAGCCCUGUACAGGGAAGUUUAUAAUGUUUGAUGUUUUAUUGUGUUUAAUAUUUUGCUGAGAGCCACCCAGAGUGGCUAGGGCAACCCAGUCAGAUUGGGGGCAUAAUAAUAAUAAAAUUAUUAUUAUUAUUAUUACACACCAUUCUCUUGAAACAGUGUUCCUAAGGGCUUAGCUUGGCACGAAGUGGCUACGAAUCCCCACUUUCACACUGACGUUGGAGACAGGGACCCCAUUGCAGAAAUAGUAAGGGGUAUUCGAGACACACACCCCCCCCUUGCCCUGUGCCCUGAACCAUUACUCUACUGGUUGGGACACAGGGAAAGAGAACUUGACGGGGUCCUGCCCCAUUCAGCCCCAUGUCCCCUUAUAAAGUGCAAUAGUUCUCAUCUGAGCUCCCAGAAGUCAGAGUGGAACAGAAACAUCCGCCAAAAAGAGAGAGAAAAGGGUUAAGCACCACGGGUAAGAGGGGUGUGGGAGGAUAUUUGGGAAUGGUUGGCCUUGAAGCUAAAAUCUUUUUAAGUUGCCAGGCCAGCUGCUUAUGCAUCUCUUUGCCACAGGGUUGUUUGAGCUUUGCUGCUGGUCCUUUAGCACAAAGGCGUUUGCAUCUGAAUAAUGCCAGGAGCUGGAAGCUUUUGAUUUGGCCUCUCUGUUCCUGCUGUGCUCUUAAUUUCAAUUUCAUUUCCUCUUCUAUCUGGGGGCACCUGUUUUCUCUUUCCCCAUAAACAUUCUAGGGUGGCAGCACUUAAAUAAACCCAAGGCUGUCCUGAACCUCUAAUAGUUAUUCAGAACAGGGGUAGGCAGACUUCUAGAACCAAGGCAGAAUUACGUGCAAAAGACUUGGAAUUAAAGAACAGUGAACAGGAUACCUGUGCUCAGGACCGCAGUACUUCAAGGACAGCUUAUCUCUAUAUGAACCAACCUGGACCCUGUGAUCAUCAUCUGAGGCACACCUUCUUUGUGUGCCUCCUCCACGAGAAGUCUGGAGCGUGGCAACACGAGAACGGGGCCUUUUCUGUGGUGGCUCCUUGUUUGUGGGAUGCUCUCCCCAGAGAGGCUUGCCUGGAGCCUCCAUUGCAUAUCUUUAGGCGCCAGGUGGAAACCAGGCCUUUGAUUCUAUGGCCUUUUAAAUGUGUUUGUAGGAGGAGAGUUUUUGUCUUGUUUUUGUUUUAUUAUGUAUUUUGUGUUCGCAUUUUGUGUUUUCGUGUUGUGAACUGCCCUGUGACCUCUGGAUGAAGGGCGGUAUACAAAAUGUAUUAAACAAGUAAUAAAUGACUCUGAGCACUUUCUCAGUCGAGGAAAUUGCUUUUUGUACUGGAGCUAAACUUAGUUCGCAAACCUUUCACAUAAACUUCUGCUCCUUACUGGCCUCCUUUUUCUCCCCCACUUCUGCCACUUAAUUUACACGGAAAAAGGCACUUUGUGGUUGCUGUUGUAAAACAAUCAUAAUCCCUUGCAGCUCCUGAGCCGGAGUUUUAUUUUGUUUUAAUUUAAUUCAGACUGGCUUUCGAUGGCCAGAGAGAUAGAUGAGAGGGCAUUGGCUUAGCGGUCGGCAUGUUGUGAUGUUACUUUGCCACAAUCUGCCCUGGGACCAGGUGGGUUGUCAAUCAGAGAACUCAUAAAGGACUUUGGACAGGUGCAGUUUAUCUACAUAAUGGUUGACCUGGGCGGCCCAAUCAACUCCCAGAAAACUGGUGGACUACGUGUUCUGCGUCAUAUCUACCAGUGGGCAUUAAGAGAGCCAGUGUGGUGUAGUGGUUAAGAGCGGUAGACUCGUAAUCUGGUGAACCGGGUUCGCUUCCCCGCUCCUCCACAUGCAGCUGCUGGGUGACCUUGGGCCAGUCACACUUCUCUGAAGUCUCUCAGCCCCACUCACCUCACAGAGUGUUUGUUGUGGGGGAGGAAGGGAAAGGGAGAUUGUUAGCCGCUUUGAGACUCCUUAGGGUAGUGACAAAGCGGGAUAUCAAAUCCAAACUCUUCUGUUCUUCCAUGGCAAUUCACAGGUUUUGGAUGUAAAAAGCCUUUGGUUCAAUCCCUGAUAAUCUCCAGGUAGGACUGGGACAGACUUCCUGCCGGGAACCCUGGAGAGCCACUGCCUCACGUGGUAGACAGCACUGAACUAGAUGGAUCAAUAGUCUGACUUUGGUAUUAUGCAGUUUCCUAGAUUUCCCUAGGAAUGCAUCUAUGAAAGAACUACAGAGCCCUUAGAGGGCACCUGUCAGGGACUGGUUGGACGCAGAGGAAUGGUGGGAGGAACCAGGUGGGGAACCCCCAAGGGAAGAAGGCUCAGAGCUCGCCCUCCUGCUGCAACAAGCUCCCCUCCUCCCUUGUCUCCCAGAACCAGGAGAGGCAUGAAGAGGGCGGAGGAGAAAUUAGCACCAUGAAGGCGCAGUCUCAGAUUGCUUGGGGAAAACUCUACACAGGAGGGAACCUAGGCAGCUGUGAGAAGGCAGGGACCUUCAGCCUCCACAACUGCUCCAUAGGGACAAGACUCACCAAAGAUGAUUUGAUAUACGAUAUAUACAAUAUACGAUAUCUUUAUUGUCAUUGUCCCAUGCAGAACAAUGAAAUUUAAAAACUACAUAAAAACUACAUAAAAACUACAUAAAACAUUCAAAACCCCCUAAAAACUCUGAAACCCCAUUUUAAAACACACUAUACUAUAGAAACCCCUUAUCCUGCGUUUAGAACCAGAAUUGCAUUUGCGUAGAAACUGUUUCUCAGGCGGCUAGUCCUGGCCUUUAUAACCCUAUACCUUCUUCCAGAAGGCAGAAGCUGAAAGAGAUCGUUUCUGGGGUGCGUACUAUCCUGCGCUAUCUCUGCCACUUUCUUAUGGCACCUGGCAGCAUAGAUUUGAUCUAAGGUGGGAAGAGUGCACCCAAUUAUUCUCUCUGCAGUCUUUACAACCCUGGAUAGCAUUGUUUUUUCCCUGGCCUGACACACUUUUUUUUCUAAUAAAGAGUCCGGCUAGCUCAGGAUUGGCUCACUAAUAGGCACCUGCUUUCCAGAGUUUAAGGCAAGGGAUGUUCUGAGCCUUACCUGGAGAUUCCCAGGAUUGAACCUGGCGCCUUAUGCAUACAAGACACAUGCCGUACCCCUGAGCUACGCUAUGCCCCUUUCCCCAGGAGGACUGCGGAUUGCUGGAGGUGUUUCACACAAGGGAUAUUUUCCCUGCAACGCAAACAUUCACCCCCCUUAGUAAGCAAGCUUUCCUUGCAAAACCUUAAGCAGCUGAGUAACCAAAAGAGGGGGGAAAGGCAUUUGUUUGUUGUACCUCAGAGACAGGGAUGCCUCUGCCACCCCAUUUUCAACCCUGGACAUGCUUCUGCCUUCCCUUGGGCACUGUAUUCAUCCAGCGUCCUUUAGACCUUGCAAUCCCUCCCUGUCUCUGGGCCUUGUGCCUGCCUGCUCUGCAGUCUGAAUAAGUUCCUUCCUUCCUUCCCAGAGAAUCUUUUACAGAGGAGCUUAUCAUAGCCCUGUCUCUGCCUCUAGCUUUGGGUACCCUUGGGGGGUGUUUUGGUGGGGGGACCUACUCCGUUCCUCCGUCUGCCCUGGUUUGAGAUGUUACGUGAAGACGAGGAGCCUUCUGUCUAUGCACCAGUGUUUAUGAAUCAAUCUCUUUUUCUUCCCUGGGUUUUCCCAGCUGGUUCCCUGGCGCUCAGCAGUUUCUGGGCAUCCCGCCUUGCCAGAACCGCCCCCCCUCCCUCUCCAUUACCCGGCUGGGAGAUGAAAGCUGGCUCUCUCCCCCCACCCCCUCAUUUGGAGGGGCUUAUCCUGGAACAAAGCCCUCAGCGCCAGCCUGGAAUCCCAAGCAGCUGCCGGCUUGCUUGCUUCCUUGUGGGCCCUUUCAUAUCGCCAAUUUCUCUCUCCCCUUUCACACCCCCCCACCCAGUGCCAGAUAGCUGCUUUAUUCCUCUUCUCUUUCCCCCCCCCCACCCCAUACCAGCUCCUCCCAGCAAUUCUCAAUCAAGAUUGCCUUAAGUGUAGCUAAAGGCAUAUAAUAUCUGAUAUUUGAUGGAGGAAAAAGCGGCAGGCUUGUCCUGUUUUGAGUGCAUGAGAAAUGCACAACAUACAAUGUAAUAGAAGAAGAAGAAGAAGAAGAAGAAGAAGAAGAAGAGGAAGAGUUUGGAUUUGAUAUCCAGCCUUUCACUCCCUUUAAGGAGUCUCAAAGCGGCUCACAUUCUCCUUUCCCUUCCUCCCCCACAACAAACACUCUGUGAGGUGAGUGGGGCUGAGAGACUUCAGAGAAGUGUGGCUGGCCCAAGGUCACCCAGCAGCUGCGUGUGGAGGAGCGGAGACGCGAACCCGGUUCCCCAGAUUACGAGACUACCGCUCUUAACCACUACACCACACUGGCUCUCUGUGUGUGUUAGGUGUUUGUGUGAUGCCGCAUGAACCAGUCUCCCUACAACGCACACACACACACAAUGCUAAACUGUGGUUAACAGUGUUGUGAUGAAAAGACCCAUUGCUUAGUUCAGAUGAUCCCCUAACCAUGGUUUGGAGGACUGGGGAUAAACCAUGGGCUCACACACUCCCCCUUCCCUUCUUCUGUGCAGCUUCACUUCCCCGUUUCCUGUUUGGAACUAACCAUAGUUUGCCAUGGCACCCGGGUCACGAAACUAUGGUUAGCUCCUGCUCUCCACUGUGCUGUUGCUUCUCUGCAAAUAGGAAAGAUGCAGUUUUGGCUCUGUGUGCGUUUGUGUGUAUGUGCAGGAGUGCGAAAACCCUGUGUAGGCUUGGAGACUGUUGAGUUGCGUAUGAAAGGAGGAAAGGUGGUAUACAGUGGUACCUCAGGUUAAGUACUUAAUUCGUUCCGGAGCUCCGUACUUAACCUGAAACUGUUCUUAACCUGAAGCACCACUUUAGCUAAUGGGGCCUCCUGCUGCCGCCGUGCCGCCGGAGCACAAUUUUUGUUCUCAUCCUGAAGCAAAGUUCUUAACCUGAAGCACUAUUUCUGGGUUAGUGGAGUCUGUAACCUGAAGCCUAUGUAACCUGAAGUGUAUAUAACCUGAGGUACCACUAUAUCUGGAAGGGUAUCGAUCAUAUAAUCAUCUAUAGCAUCCAUGACAAACGGUCACCCGCACUUUGCUUAAAAACCUCAAAGGAAAGUCUGUAUAAUCAAAAUAGUAAUAUUUGGAGGGGUAUUAAUUAGUACCCACAUACCAGCUACAAUCCUAUGUAGUGCGGGAGGUAUCCUCAGACCCCACUUUACCAACUUUAUUCUAGUAGUAAAACCGAAAGUUGCAGCAGUAUACCUCUGGGACUUUAAACUUAGAAUUUGAAAUUUCUCCUCAGGAUGUUGCAAAGAACGUGGCUUUUGCACCAGAAGCAUUAGGCGGUCUUGUGGUGGCCAGCGAAUGGAGAAUAAAAGGAUUGUGUUUCCCACUUAAAGCCAAAUUGCCCUGGCCCUUAUCUGCUUCUAAGACACGGCAGCAGAGAGAGAGAGAGAACGAGCCGUGGAUAUUUUUAGAACUGCUGAGGAAAGGAGCCAUUCGGUGGUUCUGCUUUGCAGCUUAGAAACUUUCGAGGGCAAACUUCCCUUUGGAACCGUCUCUCUCAACAGCGGUGGGGAAAACCAAUGUUAGAAAACGUUUGUUGAGUACUGUGGGGAUCUGAUGGUUUUCAACAGUUGUGGAGACCCCCAGCACCGCCCUCCUGCCCCUCAAGGGGUGAAUGCCAAGGACCUUACCCUGCUGAACACAGCAUGCCUGCCUUUCCACAUAUUUGCAAUUCCCAGAGUUGCUUGGGAAGAGAGGUGGAUGGUUAAAUUACCAUGGGAAGCGUAGUUCUGAGAGGGGAAUAGGGGGGUCUCCUAACAACUUUCAGUGCUCUUAACAAACUACAGUUCCCAGGAUUCUUUGGUGGAGGCUAGCGCCACAUUCACGGUGUACACUAAAAUUUUAUUUUAUUUAUUUAUUACAUUUAUAUGCCAUCUUUCUCUUCCAAGGAUCUCAAGAUUGUGUACGCGAUUCUCCUCCCCAUUUCGUUUAAUCCUCACAGCAACCCUGUUGUAAAUCUCGCUCCCCAUAUCUCUGCAGCCACAUGCGGGGUUUUUUUAAAAAACAUGGAAGCCCUCCAGAGAAGUUGCCAGUGUUUUUAGUGGAAAUCUGUCCUAAUGUACAUACAUGUACACAGGUUUGAUAAAUGUACAGUCGUUGAAAGCCGAACGCCUUGGCUCCCAAACAAAUCGGCUCCCGAACGAUCGAAACCCGGAAGUGAGUCUUUCGGUUUUCGAAUAAUUUUCGGAACCUGAACAUCCGGUGCAGUGUCCGCGACUCCUGCAGCCAAUCGGAGGCCGCACUUUGGUUUUUGAACGGUUCCGGGAGUCAAACGGACUCCUGGAACGCAUUUUGUUCAAAAACCAAGGUACCACUGUACACAUUUGCGCAAGUGUUUUCCCCCUCACUAUAAUUAAGGACUUUGUACACUUCGGUUGCUUUGAGAACUCUGCCGCAAAAUUCUGCAAGUUUUGAAAGAAUAGUCAUGUUUUGAGAAGUGCAGAUUUGGGGAAUUUCUUGUUAAGAUCAACAUCAAAUUUCUCCUUUCAGAAUGGUCCCUGGUGAUGACAGGGGCAAGGAGAGAAUCUGCUGAGGGCAUUUAUUUCAACCACACACACACACACACACACACGAGAGAGAGAGAGAGAGAGAGAGAGAGAGAGACCUCACAUGUUGUGAGAAUCAUAAUUCUAUACAGAACAAGUUUCACACCUUUCAAAUCAAGGCAUUUAGAGGCCAGAGAGAUGAAUUGCAUUCCCUUCAGAGGCCGUUUUACUUCCCAUUGGGAAUGUUACCCAUUGUGAUAAAAGAUGAGCUGCCAAUUUCAAUGUUUCUCCUCCUCCUUCUGUUGCCAUGGAUGGGGCAGAGGAAAGGGCCGCUGUUUACAAAAAAACAAUAACAGCCCCGUGAAGGGGGGAUGACCUGUUUGUUGAAAAGAUAGGCUGGCGAAAGCUGCUGCUGUCACAUAAUAGAUAAGAGCAAGUGCUGUGAGCCAGGAAGUACACGGUUCAGAUUUCAUCUCUGCUCUGAAUUUAUUAGAUAGCUUUGGGCAAAUAACCAACCACACACACCCUCCCCCCGCCCGGAUUUUUUCCCCUCCUCAGCCUCAACCUUUGCAAUAUGAGAAUAAAUGCCUAUCUUGCAGGAUUUCACCGGCGAGGCCUGAGAGGAAGCACUUUGAAAAACACUUUGUGAGAGCUGCAUAAAUCCUAAAACACGCUGCUGUUAUUUGUUAUUUAAAAUGAUGGGCGAGGGCCGUAGCAAAGGGUCAGAGCGCUGCCCUUUCUUGUCGAAGGCCCACGGUUCAAUUCCUGGCAUCUCCGGGUCGGGCCUUGCCUGAAGGCGUAGAGACCUGCUGCCGAUCAGUGUAGGCAGCACUGAGGUAGAUGGAACAUUGGUCUGACUUGGUUUAUUUACUUAUUUAUUGAAUUUGCAUUUUAUUUAUUUCUUAACAUUCUUAUAUUACAUCGGUAAACGUUGUCAUAUUACAUUACAGGACUUACUAUAAUAUGAUUUCCAACAUGUAUACAUAAAUUAUAUACAAAUUUUAUAUACCUAGAAAGAAAAUGAAACAAAAAAAGAGAAAGAACAAAGAGAAAAAACAAAAACAGUUCCCCUGCCCAAAUCAUAUACAUACCAACACACUAGACUUCCUGUCUUUCCCGUUUUAUAUUCCUUUUUUUCAAAUGAUUGUACUCUUAUUAAUGUAUAUUUCUUUACAUAUUAUCUAAUACAUUCCUAUAUCAAUAUGUGUUCUUAGUCCUAUUUCUCAACUCAGUCUCACUCCAGCAUCAAUCAAAUGCUAGCAUAGAUAGCGAACUUUUACUGUAUUUUUGAACAUAUGUUUUAUAUCGAUCCCACUUUUCCGUAAAUUUUUGUUUUGAAUUGCCUCUCAGGGUAUUUGUUAACUGCGCCAUUUCAGCAAAUUCUUGUAGCUUGUAGUGCCAGUCCGUUAUUGUCGGGGCUUCUUGUUCCUUCCACCCCUUUGCCACCAAAGUCCGAGCUGCGGCCGUUGCAUAUAAGAAUAAAGGCCUCCGAAGCUCUGACUUGGUUUAAGGCAGCUUCCCAUGGAUUUAAACCACAGGGUGAACUUUGAACAUAAGGAGAACCUGUUGGGUCAAGCCUGCGGCCUGUCUAGUCCAGCAUGCUGUUCUCACAGAGGCCGCCAGAAACAGAAACAGGCAAGAAGAAGAGCAUUGUUCCCCCAUGUAGUUUCCAGAAAUUAGUAUUCAGACCGCAGAGGCAGAGCAUAGCCAUCAUGGGAAGAAUAACAGAAUUCUAGAGUUGGAAGGGACCCCGAGGGUCAUCUAGUCCAACCCCCUGCAAUGCAGGGAUAUGCAGCUGUCCCGUUUGGGGAUUGAACCCGCAACUUGGCAUCAUCAGCACCACGCUCUAACCAACUGAGCUAUCAACAGCCUUAUCCUCCGUUAAGUUGUCCAAUCCUCUUUAAGACCGUUAUGUGGCCACAAUAAAAGUAUGUGUUUAUGACUGCGACAUCUGUUUUGUGCUGUAAUUAAUUUUGGCGGUUAACGUUUUUGGGAAAUUGAGUCUGUAACGAACGUGCCCCGUGAAAAAAAUGGUGGGCAGCACUGAGCACUUUGUAAGGAUUACAGUGAAGGAGCUCUUGACAGCGACACAGCCGUUAAGAUAGAGGUCAGCAACUGGCGGCCCCCAAGCUGAAUCCGGCCGCCCUUGAAGGAAGCCCAAAAGUUGCCAGCUUGGAGGCAAAAAUAUGGGAUAUGGAAGAACCAUUGACGGUGGAUAUGGGGCUUGCUUGGGUAGGUCCUUAGGCAGGUGGGCCUUGGGCCUAUCCAUUUUGAGGAAACCUCUGACAAAAUCUACUACUGAGCAUGGCCUUAGGUUGUUUUCUGGUCAGUCCUGAUCGCCAUUCAUUCAUUCAUUCUUUUUCUCCUCUCCUCAGCCCCAGAAUGCCACGCAGAAGUGCAAGUGUCCGUCCCGGCUUUGUUGGAGGUCCAGCUAGGCCACAAAGUGUCCAUCUCCUGUACACACACCACGGAAGGUCACGAUGGCUUGCCCCUGGUGGAGUGGUUCAUCGUAAGUAUGUGGGUCUUGGGAAGGCGGAUAAUGGCGGCUGGGGGUGUGGUGCUUUUAGACGCCCUUAGUAACCAGCCCUUUUGUCCUUGUCUGUGAAACCCUCUGCAGACGGACAAGAAUGGGGAGCAGCGGCGUGUGGCCUACAGCGAUCAGGGUCGGCAGGGGGUGGACAGAGGCACCGAGUACACGGACCGCGCCUCCAUGGAAGCCGGCCACAGUUUGGUCAUCAAAGCAGCCGAGGUGAUUGACGAGAGAGCCUUCUCCUGCCAGGUGACGGCGGGCGCCGCAGGGAGCGGAAUGGGAGUGACGCAACUCAAGGUGUACGGUGAGGCUCCUGCCAUCACUUCUCUCGCCAUUCGGACCACGAGGCACUCAUGCCGCCAUCUUGUCUCCUUGUCCUUCCCUCGUAAAGCUCUCUUUACGGCUUGCCCUUGUUUUCGCUGCCUGCCCACAGCUUUCCUGGCUCCACCCUUGCUCCCCUUGCACCUGAAAGUCUCCUUUGGGCCGGCCCUACCGUUGGGGGGCAGUGCGAAACGGCUGCCUCAGGGUGCUGGUUUUGGCUGUCAAAGAAGGCUAGCAAACGACCAGCUACCUAAAUUAUUGCUAGUAGAUCGGCAAGGAGGAGGAGAAGAGGUGCUUAUAGGAUUUUCUGCCUGCGGGACCAAAAUAAUUUGGCUACCCUCAGGCUUUGUGCAGGAGAAUUGCAGGCGGGUGGAGAUUUAUUGCUCUGCCUCAGGCGGCAAAAUCUCUUGGACCGGCCCUGCAGAUUCCACCUUCAGAUCCCAACCUUGCCUUCAAAUACACCGUUUUUUGGUUAACCCUUAGGCCGCCACAUGAACUGGCGCAAAGCCUAAAUAAGUCCCUGCGGCUGGGAUUUAGAUCCUUGGAGCCAGAGACCUCUCCUCACUCCCUUAAGUUAGCUGUAUAAGCACCUUGUGAAUCAGUAAAAAUGAAUCUUGCUUUUCUUGGCUUGACUAGCACUUAAAAGCUCCGUGUGAAUCAAUCGAUAGAAGAAAAACAAUCCCUGCUGCGCAACCCUUCUUGGCCAAAUGUGUUUUUUUUCUGUUCCGGGUGUCUUGGUCCUUUUAUGUCAUCUCCGUAUUCCCUUUGCCAAGCUCUGAAAGGCUCCUAAAGAGGACGUUCUAGGCCCUGAGAUGGCCCAAUAUAUUUCUGGUACCUGAAGCAGAACAUCCCUAAUGGUGGUAAAAUAUUUCAUGUUAUUAUUAUGAUUGGCAGCUUAAUGGUGCCCUCAGAGCUGCAGCCUGAGGUGCCCCUUCCUUGCCUUGCGUAAUGAUAAGGCCCGUCUUCUCUAGGUGUCGUCCUCCACAUUAACCUGUGGAUAAAUUAGAACUAAGCCGGUGUUUUGUGGAGACAGGACACACAGUGUUAAGAUAUUGUGAAACGCCUGCCUUGCACCAGUUCAACCUGUGUCAACCUGUUUCCUUAUCUCCUUAGAAGGCUCCUGUUUUUUGUGUUCCUUUUCAUUUCGUUUCACUUUUAAUUUGUAUACCGCCUACCUAUAUUACUAUACGCAAUGCGGUUUACAAGCUGAAGAAACAGCACCUUAUAACAAUCUGAUCCAGUACAAAUAAGGCGCAAUAGAAACAUAACUUUAAAAUAAACAACUUACGUCAAAUAAAAUAACCCCUUAGAAUAUAAUAGUAUGUAAUGAAAUUAAAUUAUAGGCAAACGACAAUCAAAUAGCAAUUCACUCUUAACAAUUACAAUUACAGUGGUACCUCUGGUUACGUACUUAAUUCGUUCCGGAGGUCUGUUCUUAACCUGAAACUGUUCUUAACCUGAAGCACCACUUUAGCUAAUGGGGCCUCCUGCUGCUGCCGUGCCGCCGGAGCACGGUUUCUGUUCUCAUCCUGGAGCAAAGUUCUUAACCUGAGGUACUAUUUCUGGGUUAGUGGAGUCUGUAACCUGGAGUGUAUGUAACCUGAAGCGUAUGUAACCCGAGGUACUACUGUACAAUAAAAAAUUACUAUAAUCAGUGAAAAUGACAGCGAGUCACAACGCAAAAAAUACCACAAUACGUUCAGAACCACGAGGAAGGAUCAAAUCGAGAAACCAAGACACACAACUUGAGCCUGGUUUUGUGGCAGCCCUGCCUUGCUUAACGCUGGUCCUGCUUGAGAAAGAUAUAAUAUAAUUUCUUAGAGAUGAAAUAGCAUCGUAGAAUUGUGGGGCUGGGAGGGACCCCUAGGCUCAUAUUGUCCAACCCCCUUGCGGUGCAGGAGCCUCGACUAUCAGAACAGCGAUGGAACAUAUUGUAGCAUUGCAGGGAGAUCACUCAACCUUCCCACUCUGAACUGGCGAGAAAUACCCUGUGCCCCCAUCUCUUUGCUAUCCUGGUUGAUCUCCCCCCAUCUAGGACUAUCUAGGACUUCUCAUAACUCCCUCCAACCUAGUCCUCCUGGGCCAGCCUCUUUCCCUCCAGCCCCCAGCUUCUUCUUCGCCCGAUGAUGCGUAAUUCCUUCCCUUACGAAAUCGUUUCCCUGCCUGCAGCAAAACACCUGGAGAUGCCACCUCCGCUCUUUCUUCCAAAGGCGGCUUGCAUCUCUCAUUCUGUCUGUACUUUCCCCCUCCAGCAACCUAAUGCUGAUGGGUCUUGUAUGCUCCGAGUUUCCACGGCCAUGGUCUUCCAGUGGCCAGGUUCAGGUCAGCCUCCCUGACUUUGGGACAUCAAACGGCUGCGUGCAACAACAUCCCAGUGGCUCUGUCAUGCACCUGCAAACACAAAUGGGACAAGAGAAGCAGCUGUGUUUGUCUACACACCUUCCAUGCUAAUAAACAGAGACGCCUGAUCAUUUCCCCCUCUCUGAUUAAGAGGAAGCAGUGGGGUUUGUUGUCCCGGAAUCUAGCUCAGUGCUGGUUUGUUUUGGGGUUCAGCCCCCCGCAACCUUGCUUAUUGAAUAAGAUAACUUCUAUUGUGUUUGUCCUUGAACCACAGCAGCACCAAGCGAGAUAACAAAAUUUAAACCAGAUAACAGAAGCUCACACAAAAAAUUCAAUACUCUCUAUUUAUAACCAGUAAUUCAUAAAGUUAAUAAUUAGGAUUAGCAAAAUGAAAACAUUCACACUGAAGCAUGAAACAUAUUAAAACAUAUUCUUUAAAAAAACAACCAUUUGUGUAAUACAAAGCUGAUAUCAAGGUAUGUCGUUUGUGUUUUCAGAUCUCCAAGGUACCUCCAUACGUACUCCUAUAUAAAUAGCAGCCUUUAUGGCAAAAUAAGCAACCCUCCGUGCCACAUACUGAUUAGUGACUUGUAGCAGGAAACCCAGCUUCCUUUUUGCACCACAAAUUUUGGGAAACCUGUUUACUGAUGUGGGGGCCCCUGCAUUUUGUGGGUGAGAUCACCCUGAAUUUUGUUCCGAGACAAGAGCUCCUCGCUUGUUUUCUCAAUUUCAAUCUCUUCAUUUCCCCUUGUAUCUGGGGAGUGAAGAUGGGAGGAGGCGGGAUUUCCUAGUUUCCUAAUUUCUGCAGUUUGGGUGCCACUUGUGAAAAGGCCCCGCCUUGCAUAGUCACCCACUCAGGACCCAUCCUCAAAGGAAAAGCUUAAUAAACAGGGAUGUACAUGCAGAACAUGGCAAGUCUUGUAAGUGAGCAGAGUAGUCAAUGGCCCUACUAUGUCUGACCUCUACUGUCUCCUCAAACAGGUGCACCUGAAGCCCCAGAGGUCAUACCUACCAGCAGGACCCUCUCUGUGACUGAGGAGGAUGCCUCAGAGGUGAGAUGCUGCUAUCCUUUUCUUAAAGACAGAAACAAAACCUUGGAAGUGCCUGAAAGCCUUAUUUCCUGACCUCAGGGCUUGGAAUAGGUGCACUGACUAUGGUGCCUUCACACCAAAGGGAGAGCACUCUGUACAUGCUCAGAGGAAUUCACCCUUCUCCAGCCCCUUUCCUGGCGCUGAAGUGAAAUGGCUUAAAGAGAUAGAUGAGGAUGAGCUGGAAACAGCUUUGAGUGUGUUCCCUGCUCCGUAAUUAUUAUUGUGAGGGAGGUUUUUAAGACUUUCCUUAGGUGUGUGGAUCUAGCUUCCCUUCAAGUUGGAAGACCCCACAGUUCCAUGGGAAUUAAAUAUGGCAUCAGUCUCAGAUUUCAACUACUUCUCCAUUUUGAGUUCCAUUUUUAAAAAGAAAGAAAGCAUCUUUCUAGCUCUCGUGCUUCAAACUGUGUGGGCUGUGCCUGGUGAAUCUCAGGGGAGGCCACUGAAUAAGAUUUCCAGUUGUCCGGAGUCAGGCUUCUCUGCCCUAUAUAGCUUUGUCUCUCCUCAUAAUCAGCAGAAAGAAUAAAUCAUGCAAAACACUCACUGCGCUCGGCAGGAGAUGGUGCUCCAGCCAACUGCCAUCUCCUCAGGAGGUCCCCUCCAAGUGACGUAAAAAUUGGGCCUUCAGCCUUGCCAAUAUUAUCUUAUUGGUUCCUAUUGAAUGCCUUACUUUUUCAACAAGACUUUUAAAAUAGAGAUUAUUUUAACCCAUUCCGUAUCCGUGUUGCAGCUAAAACGUUUAAUAUACCGUAUUUUUUGCUCUAUAGGAUGCACCGGACCACAAGACACACCUAGUUUUUAGAGGGGGAAAUCUUGGCUUCUGCCAUAGCCGCGCAACCUCUCCAGCCGGGAGCUAAACCUCUCCAGCGCGGCUAAAGAAGCAUGGCUAAAGAAGCCAAGGCAGCGAGCGCGAUCCAUCCCGCUUGCUGCCUUGGCUUCCUCUUUAGCCUUGCGCAGCCUCUCCCGGCUGGAGAGGCUGCGCGCGGCUAUGGCAAUUCCCCCACCUCCUGCAAAAGCCCACAGGAACUGCGCACCCUUUAAGGAGCGUGCGGCUCCUGCGGGCUUUUCUACGAGGAGGGAGAAGGGACUGUCUGGCCGCGUCAGCCCCUUCUCCCUCCUGGGGAAAACCCGCAAGAGCCGCGUGGAGCUUGUGUGCGGCUCUCGGUGCCUUUUCCUUCCUGCCUCCCCCCUGCAUUCGCUCCAUAAAACACACACACAUUUCCCCUCACUUUUUAGAAUGGAAAAAGUGUGUCUUAUGGAGCGAAAAAUACGGUAUAUAUUUUUUAAUUGUAAAUGGCUUCGGGGUGUUUUAUGCUGGGAAGCGGUUAACAGGAAGUUAGGAAAGGUUGCAGAAACCAGCGCAAUUUAGCGUUUCCUCUUUUUUUUUGUACAGCCCUGCUGGCAAGGUGGGAAGCUGUGACUGUAAAUAAGACUAACUAAAAUCCCAGGUGGGAGAACUCUCCUAAGGACAGUGAGGGAGAGUGGUCAUAGCAGGGCCUUACCAGUGAUUCACCGGCUUUCCUUCCUCCCCAGAUUGCGACCUGCACCAGCAAAAAUGCCAACCCGGUGCCUACCAUCAGCUGGUACAGAGAUGGCCGCUCUCUGAAUGCCUCCACAGAACGCAAUAAGGGUAAGGAAGCUGUUUUUCUGCUGUUGUCUUUCCUUCGAGGACAUGAGCUGUCUGAGAAAACAUAGCUCUAGGUACAUCUCCGACUGCCACUGCCAUUUUCAAUCUUACGAUCCUGACUGCCACUGAGCAUCUUACGCCAUCCUGAGGCUAAUUUGGAAUAAAUGUAUAGACAAACAGUUGCUCUCUCUCAUCCUUUCCUCAGGUUGCAAGAGUGCUGCCUGUUGUUUAAAUUUAUUUUUCCCCUCAAAAUAGGCCUGCAUCACUCAAAAUAGGCCUCUAUUCCUGCAGAACCUUAAAACCACCCAUUAAAACAAAACCACCACACAGCUGAAAACCAUAUAGCUGCUAAAUUCUUAAACUGCACGAAAGUUGCCAUUUUAUAUACCGUGGUACCUCGGUUUUUUUAGGGACGCGGGUGGCGCUGUGGGUUAAACCACAGAGCCUAGGACUUGCCGAUCAGAAGGUCAGCAAUUCGAAUCCUCACGAUGGGGUGAGCUCCCUUUGCUCAGUCCCUGCUCCUGCCAACCUAGCAGUUCAAAAGCACGUCAAAAGUGCAAGUAGAUAAAUAGGUACCGCUCCGGCGGGAAGGUAAACGGCGUUUCCGUGCACUGCUCUGGUUUGCCAGAAGCGGCUUAGUCAUGCUGGUCACAUGACCCGGAAGCUGUACGCUGUCUCCCUCGGCCAAUAAAGCGAGAUGAGUGCUGCAACCCCAGAGUCGGCCACGACUGGACCUAAUGGUCAGGGGUCCCUUUACCUUUACUUUACCUUGGUUUUUGAACAUCUCCGUUGACAAACAUUUCGGUUUUUGAACACGCCUCAGAAGUCGAACAUGCCACGUGGCUUCCCCUGAGUGCAAGAUUCUGAGGCCUAGCUGCUGGCUAUUGAGUUUUCGGUUUUCAGAACUCGAACGGUCUUCCGGAACGGAUUACGUUCAAAAACCGAGGUACCACCAUAUUUCUUUCAAAUCACCGAAAUGAUGCGUUGGAAAAUAUCCUUGUGCUGCCCCGUUUCCAGAGUUCUCGCCUUCCCAUGUGCCCCUCGGCCGACUGGCCUCAUUCUCUGCAUCACCUGUAUACCUGUGCUCCUCCCCAGAGCUGUAUGUCGUGUCACGGACAGUGAAAGAGGCAUCAGGGCUGCUCUCCGUCUCCAGCACACUGUACCUGCGGGUGAACAAAUCUGACAAGGACUCCAACUUCCUCUGCCACGUCAGCUACGCAAUGCCGCACGGAAAAGUCGGCAGCGCAGAGUCGGACCCCUUCCAGCUCACGUUGCACUGUAAGUUACGUGGAAAUGUUGGGAGCGUCUGUGGAGCAUUCAUCCUGUAUGGUUUCAGGUGUGGUGGCCUUCAGUAAGCAUUUUCCGUGUGACUGUGUCAAUGUUAUCAUUAGUGUUUUAUUAAUUCUCUUCCAAACCUCCGUUCUGAGGCCAUUUACACAUGUUUGUGUCCCUGCCCAAGUUUUAAGAUCUCCUUUGGAGGCCUGCCUUUGAUCCUCAGCGAAGGCCCAGUGGAUGGGUACAGGGCCUUUUUGGUGGUGGCCCGCAGACUGCAAAAUGCCCUCCAGCAGCUUUCCUCUUUGACCUGCUUUUAGAGGUACAGCCAGAAGGGGUCGGUGCCACCUGAGGGACAGCUCAUUUGGGAGAACAUGGGACUCUUAAGCUCAGGGUUAUGGGUUCGAGCCCCACGUUGGGUGAAAGAUGCUGGAGGGUGGGCUAGAGACGACUCUUGUGGUCCCUUCUAAUUCUGUGCUUUUACGAAGACACCUGCUUUUUGGUUUUGCUUUUAAAAUUAUAUUUGUUGCAAGCUGCUCCGAGGUUCCUAGUCAGGUAGAAGGUGCAGGAUUACAAAUAUCGUUCAGAAUAAAUCUGUUCCGGCAGGCUUUUAAUUUGCUUUAAUCCUGGCUGAGGGCUUUGAUGUAUGACCUUAAUGCUCCUGCUUCUAGGAUCUUGCUGCGCAUUGGUUCUAAUUUUAUUGUAUCGUGGUCAGGCGCAGCUAGGUACUUAAAGGAAUUGGUGCACGGUCCCAUGGCUCAAAUUCUUCCAGCCUAGCCAGCCUCACAGGGUCGAUAUGGGAAUUAAAGGAGGAGGAGGAGAACCAUAGAAACUACCUUGAUCUCCUUGGAGAAAAAGGUGGGGUUAUAAAUGCAAGAAAUAAGCAAAUAAAUACUGUGCCGCAGGCUUACAAGAUCUUUGGAAUGUGCAGGAGAAACUCAGAGAUCUACGAUUAAUAGUAGUAGUAAUAAUAAUAAUACAGAAAUAAAUAGUCAUGUGGUUUCAGUGUGACCCUCUUUCCUCAGACUUCACAGAAAACGUGCAGUUUUCUGUAGAUUCCCCAGAGGUCAUCAAGGAAGGGGAUGAUAUCGAGUUGCAAUGCCAGGCAGACGGCUACCCCCCACCGGAGUACGUCUUUUACAAAAUAAAGGUACCGUUGACCAUGACUUUUUAUCCAUGUCCAACCUGUUUCUUCCUGGGGAGAGACAGUGGGGGAGGGGUUUGAGACGAUCUGCGUGUUUUGGUUUUAUUUGUUGAUAUGAGUUGGAAAUGAGGGACGCGGGUGGCGCUGUGGGUUAAACCACAGAGCCUAGGACUUGCCAAUCAGAAGGUCGGCGGUUCGAAUACCUGUGACGGGGUGAGCUCCCGUUGCUCGGUCCCUGCUCCUGCUCACUUAGCAGUUCGAAUGCAUGUCAAAGUGCAAGUAGAUAAAUAGGUACCGCUCUGGCGGGAAGGUAAAUGGCGGUUCCGUGCGCUGCUCUGGUUUGCCAGAAGCGGCUUAGUCAUGCUGGCCACAUGAGCUGUACGCCGGCUCCCUCAGCCAAUAAAGCGAGAUGAGCGCCGCAACCCCAGAGUCGGCUACAACUGGACCUAAUGGUCAGGGGUCCCUUUACUUUUACCUUUAUGAGUUGGAAAACAAGGACAUCCUUUCUGACAGCAGUGGGCAUGAAGUCACUUCUCCAGGCCUCAGGCUGGGUGGUGGUUGCCAUUGCUGUUUCGCUCCAGACAAAACAGGCCUCCUGACCUUUUUUUGGGGGGGGGGACCUCCCCUUUUUGCCUCCCUUGCAAAUCCAGAGUGAAGACACACAGGUAGACCUGGGGUCCCACACCAACGGAAUCCUGAGCCUUCCGCAUGUGACCAAGGCAGACGGCGGGACAUACCGGUGUCAGGUGCUGGACUUUGACAGCCCCAGUACCGUAGAGCUGGAGAAGGAGGUGACCAUCUCUGUCAACUGUGAGUGCCCCGUGGACUGCUGGGGGAGGGGCAACAGGGCAUCAUGCUGGGAGACAGGUUGGUGGGGGACGACGGCAGUGAAACCUGUUGGCAAAGUCACUUCAGUAGCACAGAGUCCAGAGAGAAAAGUAACCCUGACAACACCUUAGAGAAGAAGCAAAAAUGGUGUAGAAUUUGAGGAGAAUGUACAUAGCAGGGAGAUGUACAACCAAACAUACAGAGGAGAAACUUCCUCCAAACUACACAGCCAACCAGAGCACUUGCUGCUUCACGGAAGAUCUUGCCAAUCUGUCUGGUUGCCAAGCAACACCUCCACAUACGCACACGCCCUUCUUGGGUAGUUGAGUAUCACUGAGAACGGAAUUAACCCCUUAAGUUACAAACUGAAUGAUCCCUGCUGUUGCACUUCCAUCAAAACCCUGAGUAUUGUCAGCCUCUCUCACUCUUUGUCUCUCUCUUUCUCCCCCCCCCCCUUCCCCCUGUUCCCACUUUAGAUCUGGACCCCCUGGUUCUGAACCCAAACAAGACGGUGAUGGCAAGAUUGGGCGAAAACAUCGAGCUGACCUGCUCUGGUACUGGCUCCCAGAUGCCCACCUUGCUAUGGAAGAAGGUGGGUGGAGGCGCCACACGCUUACGAAAUAACGCAGGAGCUACGAUCUGGCUCAGCAUCGCCAUUUGUUGCGAUUCAGCACUAAACAUCAGGUCUUCCUGGGGGAAAGUGGGGGAACAAACAGAAGUUUGACUGAUGUCCUUGCUCUCUUGCAAAGCACAAACUCCGCAGGUGCCCUGGGCGGGUUGUGAUGGUUUCCACACUUCUCUCCCUAUUAUCUUCAUUCCUCUAGCAGCUUAACUCAGACCUUAUCUCGUCUCGCAGAACUGUGUCUUUAAAUUUGCAACUUGCAAGGCUGAAACGUCGAAAGGCGCAGCUAGCAGAACAAAGCCUAAAGCUGCACACUCAAAGGAAUCCUGCGGUUCUCUUGCCCAGCUUCCCAUAGUUGCAAAUGGAGCCUGUGCAAGAGAAUCACCCUGUUGGGUUGCAGACUGUCCUGCUGGUCAUAAGGGUGGAAAUGGUAGGCAGUCAGAAGUGAUGAAUCUCCAAAUACCAGAGUCUUUUCAGGUUGUCAGACCUGUUGCGACAACACUGAGGGAUAGAAACUUGCAUUUUAAGUGUAAGACUAGAGAUGCUUGGAAAAUGCAUCUGGCGGUGGGUGGUGAGUCUAGGAGCAAUCUCUCCCCCUGGUUUGUUUUUAAUUGUACUUCGCCUUGUAGUUAUUUAUUUCAUAAAAUUUAUAUACCGCCUGAUUGUGGAAAAAGCCUCAAAGCGGUGUACCAAAAAAAAGCUAAAGCAAUAACAUUAUCACUAAAAGAUUUGCAACCGCAAUUUAAAACAUACAGAAAGUUUAAACCGCAGUAGAGUAGAAUGAAACAAAUCAAAACUCCUACAAACUUUCUGGGUAGGCUUGUCUAAAUAUGAACGUCUUCCGAAAAUCCUGCCCAUUCUCAAAGGCUCGAGGCAGGUGACCCCACUUUCAGAAGUAAUGAUGAUGGUUUAAGGUCAUUUAUGUCCUGCCUUUUCCCCAAGCUGGGGUUCAAGGUAUGGCUUACAGUGUUUAAAAAGGACAAGGCAACAAACUAGCUAAAAACAAUCUUUAAAAUGCAUCAGAACACAUUUAGGACCAGCAGUUCAGAUCCACUUUGCCUGGACAGUAGCUGAGUGAGCAGAUCCCGUCUUCUGCUCUGAGCCGGAAGGUCUCAGGCUGCCAGAUGACAAAGAGGGAGCUGGGCUAGCCUCUCUUGGGAGGGAAUUGCACCAUUCAGAUGCAGUCUCUUGUUUUUCCUCCCCCAUCCCCCUGCAGGGAAAGACUAAGGUGGGAGACGGCGAGAGGUUGCCCCUGAGUUCACUCAGCUACCACAUGGCCGGCGGGUACACGUGCGAAGCCUCUGUGCCCAGCGUACCUGGGCUGCAGCGGACCCAGACAGUGGAAGUCGUGGUGGAAGGUAGGCUGGUUGGGGGGCGGCGGAAGCUAAGAAAAGAAUUGCCCUGCAGAAUCAGGCUGAUGGCCCAUAAUACUCGAGCAUCCUUUUCUCACAGUGGAGACAACCUGAAGCCCAAGGGAAGCCUCGGAACAGGACAUUUUAUUUAUCUGUCGUGAUACAUUCCUCCAAGGUGUUGUUGCUGUUAUGAUUAAUUAAAUAAAUUUGUAAACCGACCUUCAUCCAUAGUUCUCAGGGCAGUUCACAACAUAAAAAUACAAGACAAAAGCACAAAAUACAGAAUAAAAACAACAAAGGACGCCCCCCCCCACACCAAUAACCUCCACCCCCUCUCCCAAACACGUUUAAAAGGGCAUCAGACGUUAAUUAGCCGAAGGCCUGGUUGGAGAGGGACACUUUUGCCUGGCGCCUAAAGGUGUAUAAUGAAGGAGCCAGGCGGACCUCCCUGGCGAGUGCAUGACACAAACAGGGAGCCACCACAGAAAAGGCCCGUUGUCAUCUUGCCACCCUCCAGACCUUUUGUGGAGGAGACAAAUGAGGAAGGGCCUCAGAGGAAGGUCACAGGGUCCAGGGCAGUUCAUGUGGAAAGAGGCAGUCCUGGAGGUAUUGCGGUCCUGAGCCUCUCAAGGUGGCAUGCGUGGUUCCCCCCCACAAUAACCCUGUGAGGUAGGUUUGCCUGAGAGUCAGAGAUGGACCCAAGGCCACACAGUGAACAUGAAUCCUUUUCUCCCAGUUUCUCUUCCAACUCUCAUCUGUUGCCCUUUUAAAUGUGUUGUGGGAGAGGGGGGGUUAUUUGGUUUGUUGUUGUUCAUAUUUUUACUGCGUGCUUUGUGGAUUUAUGUUGUAAUGUUACGUCGUGAACUGCCCUGAGAUCUGCAGAUGAAGGGCGGCAUACAAAUUUAAUAAGCAUUAAUAAUAUCAAACACCGCAACACGUACUGCAUGAGUGACGCAGAAUUCCAGUCACUGGCAUUCGGGCGUUGGUUGACUUCUUGGGAUAGGCUUGGGCCUACGCCUGUCUCUCAGGCCAGCCUACCUCAAAGGGUUGUCGUGGCGAUAAAAAUGGGAGCUCCUUGGAGAAAAGGCCAAGUUUAAGCAAAUCUUGAACACAAAUCUCAUACAUGAUUCUGUGAAAGGGGGACGGGGGACAACGUUUGCUGCUGGGAUUACUCUCCUUUCUUCCUUCCUUCCUUAGCAACUUUCUAGUCCCUAAGACUAUGAAGACCAGCUUGAAGGUGUAUAGGCCAUAUUAGAAGCUGACUAGAAUACAUAGAUGGAUAUAAUUCAUUCAGUUAGUCACGGAGAGAGGCUGGUUAGCAUUUUCUGUGCAUGUUGCAGAAUCCAUCCUUUUCCUCGGCCCAGAACUUAAAAGCCUUUUGGGGGCAGGGUUCAUGUGCCCCCUCCUGGUUGUCAUGUCCUGACUUCCUCCUCCUUCCCAAAAACAGGAACCCCGCAAGUGGAGCAGCCCCAGUCCACACGCCAUUACCAGAGCCUGGGCCAGAAACUGACCUUCACCUGUUCUGCUUUCGGCUACCCUGAGCCAGAGAUCAAGUGGAGCGUCACUGGGGAAGAGGUGAGUCCAGCGGCGAAGAGCUUUGUCGCGGAAACGCAGGGGACCGGCUGGUGAGGAUUGUGGAGCAAUUGUAGCACCCUACAGGGGCGCUGGGGACGUGGGUGGCACUGUGGGUUAAACCACAGAGCCUAGGACUGGCCAAUCAGAAGGUCGGCGGUUCGAAUCCCCGCGACGGGGUGAGCUCCCGUUGCUCGGUCCCUGCUCCUGCCAACCUAGCAGUUCGAAAGCACGUCAAAGUGCAAGUAGAUAAAUAGGUACCACUCCAGCGGGAAGGUAAACGGCGUUUCCGUGCGCUGCUCUGGUUUGCCAGAAGCGGCUUAGUCAUGCUGGCCACAUGACCUGGAAGCUGUACGCCGGCUCCCUCGGCCAAUAAAGCGAGAUGAGCGCCGCAACCCCAGAGUCAGUCACGGUUGGACCUAACGGUCAGGGGUCCCUUUACAGGGGCGCUGGACCUUCCCCUUCACCCUCCUCUGGGCCUGAGGGCACAGAGGUUUGCAGAGUGUGUUCCUGCUGGAUUUCUUGGGAGCUGGUCGGGUCUUUCUCAAAUGAGGCCAGCGGUGGCAGAUCAGCUUCCCCGAAUAUGUCAGCACAAGGGUGUGUGUGUGUGUGUGUGUGUGUGUGUGUGUGUUGGGUCUCUUCUUUUGAUUCUGGGGAGCAGACAAUUUGCUACCUUAGGCCAGAGGGCUUUGUUCCCACGUGGCUGGCAGCGCAGCGUGCAGCUCACCCCACAGAUCACAAGGAGACCUGACAGGCCUGCUUGGGGGCCCCCUAUUCAGCACCUGUGCCGCAAAACGAACCCAGAUAAUCCCCUGCAACGUCCUGAAGCUGAAAAGCAGGCUUGCAAGGGGUUCAUUAGUGGGCGAGUCGGCGUCCGCAGGAUUCCCUGCCGGAAGAUGGUUCGCAAACCUCUGUUUUUAGGGGGUCCUUCUCUCCCCCACACCCUUGCCUGCUGAUACCCAGCUGCUCUCAAGCUGUCAGGCUGGGGAAAGCGGACUCCCCGGGUGGCCUCUUUGUGCGCCGAGAUGAACAGAGGGAGUGGGCAGGGGCUGCGAGAAGAAGCCCAAGGUCACGAGUAGACACAGAAGAGCUGUCUCUGCUGUGACUUCGCCCCAGUACGCCCCCUCACCACCAGCAUGCAAGGCACACUGGGAAUUGUAGUCCACAGGACAGAGCUGAGAAUCCUCCCUUCGUUCUGUGAGGAUUUCCAUCUGUCCAUCUGACUGGGUUGCUCCAGCCUAUACAAAAACAUAAUGAAACAUUAAACGUUAAAAACUCCCCUAUACAGUCAUACCACAUGUUACGUCCGCUUCAUGUUACGUUCUUUCAGGUUACAUCCCGCGGCGACCCUGAAGUACCAGAAAGGGUUACUUCCAGGUUUCGUCACUCGCGCAUGCACAGACGCGCAAAAUGACAUCACGCGCAUGCGCAGAAGUGGUGAAUUGCAACCCGCGCGUGCACAGACGCACCGCUGCAGGUUGCACUCUUUUCAUGUUGCGAACGGGCCUCCAGAACGGAUCCCGUUCGCAACCAGAGUUACCACUGUACAGGGCUGCCUUCAGAUGUCUUCCAUAGCUUGUAUAGUUACUUAUAGUUAUGGAGGUUUGGGAACACAUAUUGGCUAAAGUAAGCUGUAGUUCUGCCCUUGGGCAUCCUUGCAACAACCUUGUUAGGUAGGUCGUUAUUUGUAAUGAGGUCGGGUUUGGCAUUGAACACGUUAACCUGGUUUUCAGCUCAGUCUCUUGGCCCCCUACUCUGCAGCAGCAUUCUUGACUGCUUUCGUUGUAGCUCCUGCAUGGAGUUGGGCCUCUGGCAUCCCAACCCACCUGUCCAGGUAGAAACAAAGGUGAAUCAGGUGUGAGGCAGAGAGCUGGGGAUGGAGAGAGACUCCGUCCCAUGCGAAGUGCUGCCAUUCUUUGCUUCUCUCUUCCCAGCCGUCUGCGAGGACCUUUGGCAACAGAGUCGUCAGCGAAUUGUCGGUGGAGGUGACCCCUGAACUGGCCCAGAACGGGGUCACGUGCUGGGCAGAGAACGAGCACGGCAAGGCCGAACAGACGUUCCUGUUACAGAUGGGUGAGUGUCCACAAAGGGAAGUGCAGGACCUUUCCCCCUUUCGCUCCAGACGCCUCUGCUCAUCUUUGUUCGCAGAUGACUUGUAGUAAAUAGUCCAAGCAGCAGCAUAAACCAGGGUCCGAAUUAAGCAGAAUGUUCACUGCACAAUUGCAAUUUAACCUGCGUGGUUUUUAAAAUUUAAGUGUCAGAGGAAGAGCAGGAUUGCCUCCCCAAAUGCGCACCACGGCCUUCUCCUCACCCCAAACUGCUACCUACCCAGAAAUCACAGAAUUGUAGAAGGGACCCUAAUGCAGGAAUCUCAACUAAAGAAUCCAUGAUCAAAGCCUUCUCCCUCCCACACGCUGCUGUCCCAGUCCUGACAGCCGCUACUGACAUCUUUAAAAGCCGGGCAUGUUAAAUUGCAGUCGUGCAAUUAAUUACAUGCUCAGUUUGGCUCUCGCUUACAUUGGUUCUGGGGAUGCCCAAACCCUUCAGAUGAGUGGAGGUUUUUGGCCCAGGUGUGGCGCUUAGUCAUUUGCAGCGCUCAGGCUGCUUUCUUUCCCCCCAGGCUGGGCAGGUGUAGACAGGUUGGCAGGGAAAGGGAGCACAUGGCAGUGGUUAGAGAACCACAGACAUCGGUUGAGGCCACUGCAAGGGGCGUUUCCACCCCCUUUCAGUAGGUCUGCCUCUCAUUCUAAUUUCCUGGCGUUAAAGCUGUUGACAAAUUAUUAAUCUUUGCAUUUAAACCAGUUGUGGGGAACCUGGUGUGUGACGAUGGGCCUCUCUGUGAAGGCAUGCUCUCGUCAUGCCUUGCUCCAGGGUCAGGAAGGGGUUUGCACUGAACCUGCUGCUAAAACUGAGAGUUCCUCUCCGUAUUAGCCGGGAGUUCAAUGCGCACGCCUCCCCAAUUCUUGAGGAAGCUGCGCUCCCAAUGCCCAAUCGCCAGUUUAAAAAUCGAAGCCGUCAAGUGCACAGCCUUGUGGGUAAACUGGUCCCAAGCUGAUAUGUGGGAUAAUCUUGUGAAGAGGGGUGUUGCAAUUUCUGUGCAGGUUCCCUAUCUUUUUGGGGGGGGGCAUUUGUGCACAGGGGUUGUGGACGUUAGGGUCUGACUUGACUCCUAGACAAACCUUCCCCAAUCUAGCGCCCUCCAACAUUUUGGACUACAAAUCCCAUCAGGCCCCUAGUCCAAGACCAUCGGGGGGGUGGGCACCAGGUUGGGAAAUGACCCAAGGAGCCUUUUCCAUGGCUGCGUGAACUCUGCACAAAGUCACAACCCAAAAAUGUGCGCUUAGAAAGGCUCAGUUCUGCCACAAACUUCUUGCAAGGUGUGUGUUUACUUCUGCGAAAACAUGCAUAGGUCCUUCCUCUGCUAGGCCACAGAUGGGGCAAUACGCCUCAUUCCUGGAGCAACAGAAAUCAUACUCAGCUUCCUCCUCCUCUCCCAGCAUCUAAGAUUUCGCCAUAUGUUGCCUGUAUUCUUUCAACAGCCAUCUCUCCUCCCCCCACCCCCACCUUCCCAAAAAGGGAACAAAACAAAGGUGCUUGUUUUUAUUUAACUGUCCGACAAGCCCCUUGGAACGGAAAAAAACGUACAAAGCCAUUUCACAACGACGCGGGGGCACUGCAGAAAAGGAGAGCCUCUCUCUUGAAAACCAAGCACUAGUGGGCCGUGCAGUUACAGAAUCGUAGAGUUGGGACCCCGAGGGUCAUCCAGUCCAACCCUCUGCAAGGCAAGAAUCUCAGCUAAAGUAUCCAUGACAGAUGGCCGUCCAAACUCUGCUUAGAAACCACCAAGGAAGGAGAGUCCACCAGCUCCCGAGGGAGCCCGUUCCACUGCCGAACAGCUCCUACCGUCAGAAAGUUCUUCCUGAUGUUUAGUUGGAAUCUCCUUCCUUGUACAGUGGUACCUCGCAAGAUGAAUGCCUCGCAAGACGAAAAACUCGCAAGACGAAAGAGUUUUUCGUUUUUUGAGUUGCUUCGCAAGACGAAUUUCCCUAUGGGCUUGCUUCGCAAGACAAAAACGUCUUGCAAGUUUGUUUCCUUUUGGAUUUUCAAUGCAUUCCAAUGGGAAACCGUGCUUCGCAAGACGAAAAAUUCGCAAGACGAAAAAACUCGCAGAACGAAUUAAUUUCGUCUUGCGAGGCACCACUGUAACUUGAAUCCGUUGGUUCGAGUCUUACCCUCUAGAGAAGGAGAAAACAAGCUUGCUCCAUCCUCCAUGAGAUAUUCCAUUGAGAUAUUUGAAGAUGGCUAUCGCCUCUCAGCCUCCUCUUUCCCAGGCUAAACAUGCCCAGCUCCUUCAACCAUUCUUCAUCAGGCCUCAUUUCCAGACCCUUUUUUUUAAAAAAAAGGUUUUUUUAUUAACAAUUUCAACAUAACAAAAUAUCAAAACAUAUCAUAUUCAUUAUUUCCCCCCCUUUUCCCCCCACUUCCCCAUCGAACCCUGCCCCCCCGAGACUUCCCUCAGCUCCUCUCUCUGAUUUCUCAAUACAUGUUAUUCUCUGCAUACUCUGCAUAAAAUUGUAUAAAUCCUUAUAUUAUCUGUCUACUAUGUUAACAAUCAAUACAUCUGUGUAUGUUUAUUCAAAACCUGCCAAGGAGUCCAAUUCAUUUUGUUGUCUUUUUAAGUAAUUUGUAUAAAGUUCCCAUUCUUCUUUGAAGUCACAGUUGUCCUUAUCUCGCAGUUUGCAUGUCAGUUUAGCCAGUUCUGCAUAGUUCAUCAAUUUCUCUUGCCACUGUUCUUUUGUCGGGGUUUCCUCCUUCUUCCAUCCUUGUGCUAUCAAGACUCUAGGCCUGGUUUCCAGGCCCUUGAUCAUCUUGGUCGCCCUCCUCUGCACACCUUCCAGCUUGUCAAUAUCCUCCUUAAAUUGUGGUGCCCAGAACCAGAUGUGGGAAUCUUUUGGUCCUCUGAAUGAUGAAAGGGAUAAGGGGAAGUGGGGAUUUGGGUGCAGGCUGAGCGACUGCAGACCGCAGCAAGAAUUCGCCCUGUACCUUUGCUAACGUACCUGUCUCUCUUUCCAAGCAGUUGCGCCGACGACAUCUGCCUCUCCUGUGCCAGCAGGUAAGUCCCUCUUUGCCUCCCUCCUUCUCCAUUUUCUUCCCACCCUGCUGCCCCCAGACUCUGCACUGCUAUUACAGUGGGUGGGCAGGGUGGGCAAUGACAGCACAGCUUAGCAGGGUGGGCUUUCUGACAGUUCAGGUGGCUAACUGCUUUUUCCUUCUCAUGCAUGCUGCCUCAGGGAACCCUGAGCUCCGGACAGGUGGGUGUUUGAGGCUGAGAAGGCAGGGCAAGAGUCACAUGCACAAUUGCCGUAUGGAAAGGGUAGAGACAGGGCCUUUUUGGUGGCGGCUCCCUGUAUGCGGAACUCCCUGCCCCAAGAAAUCGGGUCGCCUUCUUCUUUAUUUGCAUUCAGCCAAAUAAAGGAAACAGCCUUAAAAAUAAUAACAAUUCCUUUUAAACAAGCUUUCGAGUCUGUUGCUGCUUAAAGGUAUCAGUUGUCUAUGCUGGUCUCUGCAGUUUUCACUUUUUUGCUGCUGUUUUUAAGCUCGAUAAUUUAUGUCUUAACAGUUGGGUCCCUUUGGCUUUUCUGCUUGCGUUGAUAUUCACAAGUCUCUUUGAAGGGGAAAUAGUGGAAUAUAAUCCCUUUUUUGGGGGAGUUGGGGGAGAAGCCUAAUAAUAAUAAUAAUAAUAAUAAUAAUAAUAAUAAUAAUAGAUCUUCUGGGUUUGACUUAUUUCCACUUCUCCCUCCCCACGCGAGGGGAAAAACAGGCGAAAUAAAAGAGGGAAGCCUUUCAUGGAAUCUCUUUCCACCGCGGAAAGAUCGGAAUAGAUUAAUUUCCCAGAUGUUUUUGCUUGCAGGUUUCUUUUGCUUUCAAGUGGAAUAAGGUCAGGGAAGGUUCAUUGUGCGUAAUUUCGGAGCUCAGAAAUGCUAUCCAAGUUUGAAGUAGUGCAUGAUUCACUCACCACAGUUUAUUUCUCCCUGAGGUUUUGGGUUUUACUGUUUUUUAAAAAAUCCAAGAUUUCAGUGGUGUGUGUGUGUGUGUGUGUGUGUGUGUGUGUGUGUGUAAAACACACCACAUGAAUAGCUGUGGCCUUGUGCUGUUGGUGCCCUGUGGCUGAAACUACACCGUGGAGCGAGUUUUUCCUCAGGUUUGAGUCCCUAGCUGUUGUUGGACUACAACUCCCAUCAUCUCUACCUAGCAGGGGUCAGGGAUGAUGGGAGUUGUAGUCCAACAACAGCUUAAGAACCUGAGUUUGAGAACAUGGCUAGACCUAUAGAAACUGCCUUUGGCUCCUCUUCCUCCCGCACUCCAGCCCAAAUUCUGAGAAUUGUGGUUUUGCCCCACCUCCUUCAGAAUAACAGUUCCCCAUGGUUCCCUGGGGAAGAUCCAGAACAGAUAAAAAUAAAGCGGCUCUCCACGCAGCACGGAGUUAAACUCUGGAACUCGCUGCCUCAGGAGCCAACCAACUUGGAUGGCUUUAAGAGGCAAAUUCAUGGGGAGGAUAAAGGCUACGAUUGGCUACUAGCCGCGAUGGCUACGCCCUGCCUCCACAGUAAGAUUCCUCGUAGAUUUGCUGCAAAAUGUAGUUUUUAUAGUGUUUGCUGUUUUAAUGUUGUACACCGCCCUGAUACAUCACAAAAUGGCGGUGUUGAAAUAAAUAAAUAAGCAAGAGAUCUACCAGCAGAUCCUGAUCAACGUUUGUUCAUUCUUCAUUCAUUCCCUGACCAACCUUCUGACCUGCUUUAAAUUGCCAGAACACAAAGUACCUGUUGGAAUAGUAAUAGAGGAACAAUUAACUGUAACCCUCCUACAAUUUUACGAGAAGUCAUGGCGUCUUUCAAAAUGGCCCUCCUGUUUGGCAUUAGUAGUGAACAGAACUACAGAUGAUCACAUGUGUGUCUGUGUGAUUUCAUCUAAUGAGUACAGUGGUACCUCUGGUUAAGUACUUAAUUCGUUCCGGAGGUCCGUUCUUAACCUGAAACUGUUCUUAACCUGAAGCACCACUUUAGCUAAUAGGGCCUCCUGUUGCUGCUGCGCCGCCGGAGCACGAUUUAUGUUCUCAUCCUGAAGCAAAGUUCGUAACCCAAGGUAUUAUUACUGGGUUAGCGGAGUCUGUAACCUGAAGCAUAUGUAACCCGAGGUACCACUGUAUUUAGUUUAAAUGGCAUUGAUAUAAUUGUCAGGAAUGCAAUUUGCUGUUCUCGUUACAAGCUGAACAACAUUGUUGUUGAUCUUAUUAAUGAUAAUAUGUAUUUCAUUUAUACGUAUUAUAACAGUAAAUACAUCCUUACAUAGCAGCAAUAAAAAAAAAUGUUAUCGAACAAUACUGUUAUUGUGGCACGUUUAACAAUAGACGUUUCUCUGGUGAACCGCUCUGUGAUCUUGUGAUGCAGGGCUGCAUAUAAAUCUAAUACAGUGGUACUUCGGGUUAAGUAUUUAAUUCGUUCCGGAGGUCCGUUCUUAACCUGAAACUGUUCUUAACCUGAAGCACCACUUUAGCUAAUGGGGCCUCUCGCUGCCGCCGCGCCGCUGGAGCACGAUUUCUGUUCUCAUCCUGAAGCAAAAUUCUUAACCCGAGGUACUAUUUCUGGGUUAGCGGAGUCUGUAACCUGAAGCGUAUGUAACCUGAAGCGUAUGUAACCCAAGGUACCACUGUAAAUAAUAAUAGCAACAACCACAACGCUUUAAAAGCAACAACAAAGUUUUGAUCUGUAGCAACAAAUAAAAAUGUGGGUACCGCUGUUGAUAUGGAAUGAUACCGCUGUUCAGGCGGUCCUUCCCAAUCUUUGCCAGACAGAAGCAGGCUACAGGCAAGGAGGCUGGCGAAGGAUCUGGUAUCUGCAGGGCCUCAAACCUCCCUUCACUUUUUCUGCUUCCUUCCCUCUAACAGUGGACGGGGAACAGAGCCAGGGCGGCAGCACCGUCGCCGUGAUUGCCGUGUGCGUCUGCGUCUUGCUCCUUCUCCUCAUCGUGGGCUUCUUCUACUUCAUGCAGCGCCGCGGUCAGCUGCCCUGCGGCGGAGGCGAGAAGAGAUCUUUGUGAGUAAUCAUAAUCAUAAUAAAUUGCUUAUACUCCGCCCAGAGCCGGGCUCAGGGCGGCUAACACCAAUAAAUCACAGUAAAAACAUAACGGGGGGGGGGGACCCAAUUUAAAAUACAACUUAAAAUACAGCCUCAUUUUAAAAGUAGCCGAUAAAUCAAGACCAUAAGAGGAGGGAAACGUUAGGGUCAGACUGAGUCCAAACCAAAGGCCAGACGGAACAGCUCUGUCUUGCAGGCCCUGCAGAAAGAUGUCAAGUCCCGCAGGGCCCUAGUCUCUUGUGACAGAGCGUUCCACCACGUCGGGGCCACUGCUGAAAAGACCCCGGCCCUAGUUGAGACCAAUCUAACCACCUUGCGACCUGGGACCUCCAGAAUGUUGUCAUUUGUGGAGCUUAAGGUCCUCCGCGGGGCAUAUCACGUACCAUACCAGUAAGGCCUCGUGGGCCGCUCAAACUGCAUGUAUCCUACAGCCCCUUCCCCCUCUGCAGGGCUCGGCAUUAUUAGGGACUAGCCACAAGGCCUUCAAUGUCUAGUAGCAGGGCCGGCCCAUCCAUGGUGACCGGCUCAGGCGGCAGGAUCCACAGAGGCAAUGACACGCCAAGCAUUCUGGCCUCUGGUGCUCCUCAUCUGCCAUUGUUUGCGCCUUAGUUACACGCAUGCAGUGAGUGGUGUCUGGCAAACCCCUCUGCUGCUCCUUGUUCUGUGUGUUGUGUGAAGUGCUGGGGAGGAGGAGGUUAAAGACCUCUGCCUUUCUUCCAUCAUGGCUGAUCAGAGGAAGGGGAGAAGGCUUAUGCUACAGCCCUUCACUCUUGCUAAGUCAAAACGGUGCCGCACUUUUAAAAAAAAACCUCCCUGCCAGCUCACCUAGUUUUUAGAGGAGGAAAACAGAAGGGGGGGGGGAUUUUCUGAAUGAAACAGUGGAUGUAUGAUUUUUGUGGUUUAUGCUGUGGCAUUGAUUUGACGGUGAGUUUGGGGUGACCCAAUGCAAAAAUCCUGAGGAUCCAUGUGCUUUUACCUCCCCCCUCCCAGGCAGCCUCCUUUAUCUCUAGAGUCCCUUAUCUCCCUCCAAUCACUUGCCGAUCAGCUGCUCAGUGGCUUUGUUUCAACACCCCCUUCGCUUUUGUUUGCCCUGGUGUCUUUUCCUUAGCUGGAGCAGUUUUUUGCUCCUCCUUUUCUUCUAAUUUCUCUCCUCAUCACUUGUUUUAGUAUUCCUGUCUCCUCUCCUUGCAAGUUCACUGUCUUUACCUUCCCACUCCCAGGCAGCCUCCUUUAUCUCUAGAGUCCCUUAUCUUGUUCCCUGAUCGCUUGCUCUUCAGCGGCUUUGUUUCAACACCCCCUUCCCUCUUUCUAAAAAAAAAAAAAGCACAACCUGCUUUUUGCCCCUGGGCAAUUCGGCUCUAGGGACCACACAUUUGCUCCAUAAGAUGCACAGACAUUUCCCCUUACUUUUUAGGAAGAAAAAAGUGUGUCUUAUGCAGUGAAAAAUAUGGUAAAUGUAGACGAACCAGUGGCCUCUGGUUCCAUAUAUGUGGGUGUUUUGUUGGCAUCUGUCUGUCUUGAGAGACAACAGAGGGGUCCUUCGGGGGCAACAUAAAAGCAUUGCGUUAGCAGCACCUAAGUGACCUUUCCAGGGUGCAAGCCUGGGCAGUGUGCAUGGAGGUCCUGGGCUGCCCCAAUGACAUGACCACCACCACCCCCUCGGCCUCACUGAUGUGGUCCAAAGGAAAGCCGAGCAAGACACUGGGCAGCAGCUGAGCUGCAGGAGUUACUGGAAGGAGGCGUACAAGACUCCAUCCAACCACCCUAGUGUUUCCACUCCGGGUUUACUGCUUAGCCCUUUCUUAGCCAGUGUGGUGUAGUGGUUAAGAGCGAUAGACUCAUAAUCUGGUGAACCUGGUUCACGUCUCCGCUCCUCCACAUGCAGCUGCUGGGUGACCUUGGGCUAGUCCCACUUCUCUCAAGUCUCUUGGCCUCACUCACCUCACAGAGUGUUUGUUGUGGGGGAGGAAGGGAAAGGAGAUUGUUAGCCGCUUUGAGACUCCUUCGGGUAGUGAAAGGCGGGAUAUCAAGUCCAAACUCCUCCUCCUCUUCUUCUUCUUUGUCCAAACUCCUCUUCCUCCUUCUCCUCCUCCUCCUCUUCUUCUUCUUCUUCUGCUUCUUUUUCAUCCAAACUCCUCCUUCCCUUAGAUGGGCUACCUUCCAAGGUGGCCCUAGAUAGAUAGAUAGAUAGAUAGAUAGAUAGACAGAUAGAUAGAUAGAUAGAUAGAUAGAUAUAGAUAGAUAGAUCGAUGUAAUUUUUUUAUAUGUAAAUCUUCGCCAGCCUUCCCUGGGCUGCAGAGCCAUAAAUGGAUGAAGGAUUGUGGAGUUGUGCUGGGUGGGGUGGGUUCGGGGAGAGGCUGGAUGUAACCGUACCCUGUUGGCUUUCGUGGCCACCUGUUCCCGGAAUGCGGCGCUCAGAUAUAUCUGUUUCCUCCUCUCGCCAGGACCCCCAAGGAAGGGAACCCUGACGACACUGUGGUGGAGAUGAAGACGGACAAACGGAACGAGCAGACGGGGCUCUUGAGCCCUGGGGGCGGCGGUGGCGGUGGGGCAAAUGAGGUGAGGAACGGAGGAGAAGGCGGAAGGCGGUAACCCUGCUCUCACUGAGCUUGGGGCAAGGGAUUCUCCCUGUUUCUUGAGGGUGCCAGGAAUCGUAGCUCCACAAAGGCAGUUUCCCACUCCUUUUGCAGACCUGGGGCAAAGAAGAAGCGUUUCUGGGGCCUGCUUUGAGGAACAGGGCUGCAUACAUCUAUUUAAAGCACAUUUAAAACUUUGAGCCCCUAACACAAAGGUGGGGUGAGGGGUGGUGGAUGGUGAUGGGAAAGGGAAUUAUCUGUGGGAUUGAGUGUAGGUAUAUUUGAACAUUUUUAAGGAUUGUAUGAAUUGUAUGUUUGUAUAUUCGCAAUAUGUGUGUAUUAAUGCUGAAUUAUUUUAACAAUAAAAACUUUUCAAAAACAAAACAAAAAACAAAAACUUUGGGCCCCACGUUGGGCAAAAGAUUCCUGCAUUGCAGAGGCUUGGGGGGUCCCUUCCAACUCUGUGAUUCCAUGAAAACAUAUUCUGCCCCCCGAGAAUCCUGGAAACGGUGGUUUGCUAUUGGGAAUUGUAACACAGCGAGGGCUAAGCUACUGUUUCCAGGAUUUCCCUGGUGUGGGGAUGUGCUUUCAAACGCAUGGUUACAGCCCAUGUCUCUGUGGCAGGACUGCAAUGGGUCCCCUAGGGAGAAGGCUGGGGGGUGGAGCUGAGGGAAAAGUCUGGGGUGCCGACUCCCUGUUUCAUUCUCCCUCUCUCUCCAAUCCUGUCUCCCUGCAGUGCUGAGAGCAAGCCUGGAGUGGCCUUCUUCCGGAGGAUCUGCCUCUUGCCUGCUCUGUACCACACAAACCACGGGGCAAAAAGGACGUCAGGGCUGGACUGUGCGAGGGGAACCCGGUCCCUCCGGGGCCCUUCCUUCUCCGAGGGCAGGGGAGCAUCCUUCCUUGCGUCUGGACUUCUUUUAUUUUGUGCAAAUGGGGUGAGGUGAGGGGGUUGUGCUGCCGCUACUACUUCUUCCGCCUUGAAACGCCUGAUUGUUAUUAUUGUUCUUGUAAUUAUUUUUGAAGAAACUGACACUUGCCUGGACCCCUCUGGCGUGAGUAGAUGUGCCAUCGACACACAGGCCUCUGUCUCUCCACACACCGGUUUGCCUCUUGCUGACUUGCGCACCUGAACCAAGCCCACACGUGCACUUACGUCCUGAACACGGAAACACGGCCUUGGAAGAAAAUUCACACAAGCUGACUGGCCCCUUUCUUCUGGCACACGACUGUUAGCCACUUGUGGUCUGAAAGGACCUGCUUUUUGUAAACCUUCCCACCCCCCACCCCCCGUCCUGCUUAGUCGCUUGGAGGCGAUUCUCGCUCGCCGUAGGUGACCAGGCUAGCAGUGUCUGUCUUUCGCCGUUGGGCAAAGACAUGUGGACACCUAUAUUCCUGCAAACACUUCUUUAUCCUCCAAGUGAAGCAUGCAAUGUGAGUGAACACAUACAGGCACACCCUUGUUACUCCGCGCAUCCACACCCCCACACCCGUUGAGAGCGUGCUUGUCGGGAAGUCGUGCGAAAACUUGCAAAGUUGACAUGCUCCCCACAUGCAUGUGAAUGUGUUCCAUCCAUACAUUAACAUGUUCGUGUGUAUAUAUGCACCCAAGGCUUUGCAAAUUACGUGUGGGCAUCGUAGCUGAGUAUUAAUUUCUACUAGACAGCCCCGAAGUCCAUUCCACAAUAAUGGCACAAACAGCAUCCUAUGCAUUUAUCAGCACAGAAACUGUCUGAUGAAGUGAUAUCUCUCAGGCUGCAAUUCUGUAUGUACUAAGCUCCAUUUAUCUCAAUAAUGCUUGCUUCUGAGUAGAUCAUGCGGUCACGCUUUUAUCUAGGUUGACAAACACAUGGCAUCUUUCUUUCUUUUUUAAUUUCCUUUCAAGUUGUGAUUCCAUCCACAGCUUCUGCCUGUUUUUGUCCCCUUCAGAUUCAUAGGGUUGUUCUUCACACACACACACACACACACACUCUUAUUUUCUGGCACCAAACCUCAAAAUACAGGAAAGCGUUGGGUUUGGCUAAUCAGUUACUUGUUUUUAAUUUUCUGACUGAGGUGUUUUAGUACAAAAUUGAAGAGCGGAGGGGCAGUUUUUGAAAGAGGACUUCUAAGGCCGCUUGAAAACCAAAUCUUUUUUUGGUGGCCUGACUGCAGGAUCUACCUGGGGAGUUUGUUCCUUUGAAGUCAGCAGUAAAACUAGUUCGAUACCCAGCUUUAAGAGAGUCCAUCUUCAUCCAGCCAAGGUUCAGCUUUCAUUUAGGAAUGUGUACAAUCUCACAAAGAGGUGUUUAUUCUAUUUAAACUGCUGGCCUGAAGUAGAAAUCCCAUCAGUUAAGAAAACAAUUUCCCUUCUCUUAAUGAGUGCAAGCAAGGAUCUCUGACUCUGCUGUCCUGCUUGCUCAACCACCCUCCUGUUUUUAGUUCUGGAUUCUUGGCUUGACACAGCUGAUCUGCAUAGAUAAGAACAAGCAUUGCCCUACAGAGAAAAUCUCUCUGCUCCAUACAUUUUUUUUUUUGAAAUGCAGCGAAUAUGUCACGGACAGUAGUAGAAUUUGAAAGCCUCGUUAUCACUUAGUCGUAGAAUUUGAAAGCCUCGUUAUCACUUGCCAGAGGGAGAGCCUUUUGCCACAAUUACUCUGCUGUGUGGUUUUAUGGAAGCCUUAUGCAUGUGUGCCUACACACAGACACACAAACACACGUGUGUGCUCACCCCCAUAAUAAAAACAGCUGCCACCCACAUACAUUUCCAGUUCGUAAGUAUAUUUUCUAGCACAUUCACAAGCCACUGAUGGGCAUAUUAGAACAACCAACCUCUGGAACCAGGCCUCUGCAGCUACCCCUUUUAAACAACCGUUAGUUUUGCAGCAACAAGCAAAGGAGAGCAUUUAGGGCACCAUGCCAUGGAAAAAAAUAGAAGAAAAGCUUUGCUUGCAGAUUUCUCCUGCAGAUCAAUACUCCGUUGCAGCAGCCCAGGCCGGUUUGGGUGUGCUUGUUCCCCUGCCGUAGUUACACGGCUGGCAACCUUGCAGCAUGCCGGUGCCAGAUAAAGCAUGCCAGCAAACACACCCACCCACCCAAUGCGGAAUAGGCGCACAGGUUCCCAAUAAGUUGCGUCAGGAUCUUGCUUUUUUAAAAUCUCUGUUCCCGGAGGCUGGCUAAUGGAGAGCGCUUCCCUCCCUCUCUGCGUCUCCCUAUGCAAAAUGCUUCCAUCCCUAAAGGCAACCUUACGUCCUGCAGGGGUUUGACGGCGGGCCCUUGCCACCAGAGAUAGUGUGGCUUCUAGGCAGCUUUCGACUGCCGCCAUCUUUCUCGCAGAUUCAGCAGCAAAUCUGUGCCUGCAUUUCCUCCUCUGUGUACACAUCCACACACCACUUCUGACGAGUGAGAAACCCGUGGUUCCCUGGGAUUUCAGCUCCCAUCAUCUCCAGCCAGGGAUGAUGGGCCUUGGAGGGCUACAGCCUCACCCUGCCUUAACGUUUUUCCACGCACGAUGAAAAAAGCCACGGCAGCUGGAGAAUGGGCAACCUGCCCCUAAACACCUGAGUCUUACCACUAGGCAGCCACAUCCAUUUCGUCUCCGUCCGUGCUCUCGUCGUUCACCACCCCUACCUACAGGGUGCGUCCUGAUUUCCUUCAUUGAAAUGCAUUGGGUUGUGUGUGUUGCUGUUGUUUUUUUUUAAAAAAUGGCAUUUAUUAUCCGUCUGUACGGGACAAGCCUUUUGGAGUUCUAGUCUUCCUACUCUCCCCUGACCCCCCGACGGCUCGUGUCCUUUCUCUGUCUCUUGCACUGUCUUGUCGAGACACUGGCUCUGUUUUGGGUGGGUGGGUGUGGGGAGACUUGGGGCUUUAAAAAAAAAUGUAGUGUAUUUAAUGGUGUUGCAUCUUAGAGAGCAAGGUGAGGCUGCUGAGCUAUGGCAGAGCCCAGGGUGGAGGUGUGGGAGAAGGCAGCAGUGAGGGCAGUAUUCUGGCUACUGAGCUUUAACCAUCCUUGCAAGAAACGAAGGUGGGGUUUUUCCAUAACUCCCCUCCCAGUAUGGCAGCUGCAAGACUCCUUGGCGACCCCUUCUUCAUGCCCUUCCCCACAUUUUCCUAGCGAGGGAUGGUGUUGUGUCUCUCUUAAACACAGCCCACUAUCCCAGACUGCCCCCUCGUUACACCCCUCCUUGUUUCAUGACCACUUUUUACUUGUGCCUGCUGCUGUUUUUAGGUUUUGCCACCUUUUAAACAAACAAAAAAACGAAACAGAUACCUGACUCUACCUUCCACAGCUGUUUGAUCUGCAAGCUGCUAGCAGGAAAGACUGCAGUGAAAAGUUUCACCUGCCAUUCUCCACCCCAUCCACCCACAGACUUAAGUUUACUGCAAAAACCACGCAGGAGUAGGUCAGUUGGCAAACGCAGCCACCUGCCACCCCUCUCUCAGCUCCUGCCAUAGCUCCAGCUUCUCACUCCCCAUCCCUUCGGAUGUCUCUGUUACCUGCUGCCCCCCCCCCAACUGGGUUACACUGUACAUUAGCAAAUAAAAAAUAUUGUAACCUCA